AGACUUCGGAGCGAAAGCCAGAAAGAAAGAAGUGCUUCCUUGCCGGACUGCUGUCAUGGUGGAGAACUGGGAGGUUUCCCCACAAAGCUGCUUGGUAAUGUUUCCAGAGAGGUAGAUGAAAAUGACAAUCAUCAAGAAGAAGAAGAAUUUCCCUCCCUUGAGGCUAGCACAGAAACAUUGGUGAAUGUUUCCAUUGGUGGCGAUAAUGAUGCCGAGGACAAUGACGUAGAGCUCUCUUUGGAGAAAGUCAACCACCAGCUUGGUGACCCUGAAGAAAAAUGGUCAGCUGAAAGGAACCAGUCAGAAGGAGGAGCAGGACUCUUCAUGAAGAUGGACCCAGGUGUGGAAGCAAAGGAAGACUCCAGUCAUGCCUUGGAUUCUGUUGGGAAACUUCAUAAUGAGACAGAUCCCAAAGCACUGAAGGAAUAUAUUUGUGAUAGCAGAGAAGAGAGACUAGAACUUUGUUACAGCAGCUCCAAUGAAAAUGAAGAGACCCCAGAAGAAAACUUCUCUGAGCCUCCAGAUGCAGGAGAAACAAUGCCUGAGAAGAAGAUGGCCUGUGAUAUUGUAGCUGCACAGAGGCAUGAAAAAUCGAAUGCUCCUAAAGAUGGGAAUGAAAAAACAGUCUGUGGUCAAUUAUUUGAUGAAUUUUCUCCUGGUCCGUGUAGUGACCUAAAUGUAGUUGUUGCAGACUCCAGAAAUGUUCUUGAGCCAUCACCUGGUUCUUGUUUCCUAUCGGAGGAAAAUGUUCUGGAUGAAAAUGGCUUUGCGUGUGCUCAAGACAAAUGCAUCAAAAGCACAUCCCUGGUGGAACGUAUAAGUGAUUUAAAGAACAACACAACCACACACGAGCCUACGGACGGUCAAGUCAUUUUGCGCAAAAGAAAGGUAGGACGUGUUAAAAAAUAAAAAGGUGUUGCUCGUUGCUGUUGUUUUCAGAUUUCCUGGGAAAUAUGUGUUCCUAGGCGGAAGCUGACAGUUGAAAUAGCUUGGGGAAGGAAUGCGUGUAAUCCAGUGUCAAAUUAAGACUUAGUCAAUGAGACCUCAGUAAACUGAAAGCAGCGGUGUGAAACCUCGAGCCCACGGGGCUAAUUAGGCCUGCUAGGCCUCAGAGGUUGGCCCACCAAGGUAUGUUUGGUAAGCCAUGCUGACCUUUCCCCCUGCAUGCUGACAGAAAAUGGAGGCAGUUCGAAAAGCAUUGAAUUUGGCCUGUAAAGGAAGACUCGGGAGCGCACUUAGGGUGCAAAUCUGCUUCUUCCUUCAAGCCAUAGCUUGAAUUCAAGUGGUUCAAGCUGGGCAAAAGAAUAAUCGGUGGCUCAAGAGUACACUCCAAAUUCUUCCUUCGCAGCCACAGAGUGAAUGCAUAUCAUAUGACGACAGGUGGUUGACAAGUGAGUGACCCCACCCACCUGUCAAAGUGGCCCAUGUAGGGUUGGACACCUCUGGAUCCCCCUUGCCACAGUCUAGCUUAAAGGCUUCAGUUGGCAUAUUAGAAGGAAUUCAAAGUUCACAGUCAGUCUACGUUAGCUUGGGGCUGGAGAGGGAUCCAGUUAACUGCUUCAUCUGGCCCUAAGUUCAACCUGAGAUCAGCAUAGCACUUAGUAGAGUCAAAAUAAUUCCAGUUAGUGUGAUUGGCAAAAUGCCUCCGGAGGGCUUCACGCUUUUCUAAGUUAUCACAGUUUUACCUACGUGGAAAAUGGAGGUGUAUUUUGGAAGACCCUGCUCAGGAACAACCAGUACAAAUCUGAAGGAAAGUGGACAUCCAAGAGAAAUGGGUGAUAAAAGAUUCAGGGUGGACAAGAAAUUGCAUUUUUUCACACAGUGCACAGCUGGACAAGGGGUGGACAAGAAAUUGCAUUUUUUUCACACAGUGCACAACUUGUGGUGAUGGCCACUGUGGCGAUCACACAGGGUCCCCGGACGUUUAAUGGUCUAUUGAUCCCUGUGCCACCACUGUGCUCGCUUCCCCGUUGCCACUAACCCGUUACUCUCAGGUAAAAUACUGAGUCCAGACAGUUGUUAAAAGUGAACCAAAUAAACAAGUUUAUUUUAUAAACAUUAACAAGUUUAUGGUUUCUCAGAUAAUAUUCUUGUCAGUUUCUCAACUUUAGUUUCUUUACUGGCCUAUACCUUCCUAAUACCUUCUGACUGAUUAUAUCAACUGUUUGACUGACUCCUCUUAACAAAUUCUCUCCCUCUCUCACACCAGACUAGCCCAACCCACAGACUUCUCUUCUCCAUUUCUUCUAACUCCAGAUUGUCUUCUCAACCACCCUAACUCUAACUCCUAACUCCCCCCAAAACCCUCUGUGCUUAAACCUUAUACACGGUUAACUCUGCCCCCUUGGUUCCCAUUGGUUAGUAAUUUUACAAUAAGUUAACCCUUUCCUUAUGAACCCAGUAUGAUGUCACACCCCUAGGAGGGCAAACGCCACAGCCACCAACCUAAGUAGCUUUAAAAUAGUAAGAGACAAAUGUUGGGAGGAUAAGGCCAUCUGAGAGGGCUGUUGGGCCCAAGUCCUUCUUGGGGCUUCCCAUAGGUGUCAGAGGCUGUGGGAAACAGGAUGCUUGACUUAAAUAGGCCUUUGGUAUGAGCCUUACGUCCUUAGGAAAAGGCUUUUAAUCAAAUUAAUGAAAUUUCUCUGGGAUGUUUUGACACUUCUUGAUACGAAUGUUCAGUAAGUGACUUUUGUCUAGAGACAGACUGUGCAUUCCCACAUUGCUGGCUCUGGCUGGGUGUCUCUAGGGUCAGGCAUCAACCGGGUCACUCCCCUCUGCUCUUCUCAUAUCCACUUGUACUAAUUGGUCCGAAAAAGGGCAAAUUUAUGUCAGUAUUGAUUCAACAGAGCAACCCCAGGAUUAGCCUCCUUUUCAACGCACCUGAGACUCCUACGGUAUGAGGAAAUGACUUAUGUGAGGUGCUAGUUGGGGUGCACAUAAGACAGUUAUGGUCACAUUUGAAAGCAAUUUCUGGACAGCACAAAUAGCCCCCCCCAGCCCGCCGCCCACAAUUCUGACAAAGGAACGGCAAGCGAUUUUAAAUCCCUUGUGACAAGAGUCCUCCCCAGUCCCCAAAUCCUUAUUCAUGAGGUAGGAUUAAUUUUGCUUGCAGCUGGACGGUAGGAUUAAACUGUAAGUGUAGCUUUUUCUCUGGCUAUGUUGUUAGCUCUGUCAAAGUUAGACAGUGCCUGUGGCGAAAAUCUUCAAAGCCUCCAUAUUUGACAGCAGCGGCUAAAGCGGAAUGCUGACUCUCCCAUUUUCCCUGUUGCUAGGAAGCAUAUGCAGAAGAGCAGUACCAGGCCUCUGUGUCUGCUGCUUUCUAUAAAUUGUAGGUGAGGUCACCAAGCUUCUCGGUGAUUCAGUCCCAGGCAGGCCAGCCACUGGAAGAAGAAUCUGUACACCUUUCCAAACUGCUGCUUGCUGCCUCAGUAAGUUGCCCUGCUUAGACAUCCAGAAUGGUUAGGCUGGCCUUCACUAUUUCUGGAAGACAUUAAGAUUUUGUUAUGGCUGGAAUCCAUUGAUCCUUUGAUAGAAGAUUCUAGAAUCCCUCCAGCUCUUGUAAGACUAUAAACUCUCAUCCAUGAACGUGGGCCAUGAUGGCUGGGGCUGAUAGGAGUUCCGAGUCCAACAGCACACCUGGGUUUCUCUUCGCUGCUAUGAACAGGACAAGCACCUUCAUAGAUAAAAUCAUAUGCUCCCAAUCUUAUACAUAUUUACUCAGAAGUAAGUCCAACUGAGUCCAUUGGGACUUCCUCCUAGUCAAGUGAAUGGAAGGUUCAAUUGUAUGCAUACAUACCUGGGAGUAAGCCCCAUUAAGCAUAGUGAGACCUACUUUUGAAUGAAUAUAUAAAAAUAAAGUACAGUUUAUUGUGGGACAUGGGUGGCUGUGGGUUAAACCACAGAGCCUAGGGCUUGCCGAUCAGAAGGUCGGUGGUUCGAAUCCCCGCGAUGGGGUGAGCUCCCAUUCCUCGGUCCCUGUUCCUGCCAACCUAGCAGUUUGAAAGCAUGAAGUGCAAGUAGAUAAAUAGGUACCGCUCCGGCAGGAAGGUAAACAGCGUUUCCGUGCGCUGCUCUGGUUCGCCAGAAGCGGCUUAGUCAUGCUGGCCACAUGACCCAGAAGCUGUAUGCCGGCUCCCUUGGCCAGUAAAGCGAGAUGAGCGCCGCAACCCCAGAGUCGGCCACGACUGGACCUAAUGGUCAGGGGUCCCUUUACCUUAUAUAUAUAUAGGUUUGUAGUGCUCAUCACAUCACCAGUGGAGGGACAUUUGUGACAUAUCCCCUAUCUGCACUGUACAUUUAAAGUGGUAUUGAUCUACGCUAAACAGUCACAACUUCCCCCAAAGAAUCUUGGGAACUGUAGGUAAAUUUUUAAAAUGCCACUGUUUCCAGAGUUUCCUAUGAAGAGGAGAGAGGGAAUCACUCUGAGAACUGUAGUCAGAGAUGAGAAUAGAAGUCUCCUAACAAUUUCCAGCACACUACAGUUCCCAAGAUUCUUCGGGAGAAGCCAUGGGUGUUAAAAGUGGUAUGGUACCACUUUAUACAAAUAGUGCAAGUGGGGCCUUAGCUAAUGAAGCUUAUUCCAAAAGCAUAAAUGACAAACUUAUCAACAGAAAAAAAGCAGUGGAAAACUCACAAUUUUGUUGCACUAACUUGUUUAAUUAGAAUUUAUGCAUUGUGGUGUUCUUCGGUUUAAUUUAUUUAGAUUACUGUGUAAUUUGUACUUGGAAUUUACGCAAACACCAUCAUAAAUAUUAUCUCUGUCCCUUAGGAAGCUAUGGAAUGCUAUCCCACAGACUUCAGCCAUGUUUGGAUAGACACAUGAUGGAUUCCAAACAAUCCAAAAAGAAUUUAAAACAAGUGCUGAACAAAACAGAGUCACUAAUGGGAUGAUUCGAGGCCAUGGCAGUGCAACCUUUUAUGCAAAUUUAAAUUUUGACACAUUUUUGCGACGGCAGGCAGCUAUAAAUUUUAGAAGCUGCCAAUUUUGUCUAGACUGCAAACCCGAGAACCAUACUGCAACUGUUAUGCAUCAAGUCAGGAAACACUUGGGUUUCAGCUGCCUAAAAUGGUAAUAAAUGCAGUUUUAUAUAUGACUUUAUAACCGCUUGCCAGCAUCUCCUUGACUAGCAUCAUGGUGCUAAAGUAAUUGAUGUACAGUAGAUUCCUCUUUAACUAAAUCAUCAAAAUCUUUUAUUUCCCCAGAAAAUAAACUAUAAACUAUUUUGAUCUGAACUUAAUCAAAAAGUCCCUGUUCUAGAAGUAGAUACAUUAAAUCCAGAGAGUUCUUCAUUUAGGAACAAAGUGAUAUUACUAAUCAAGAGUUCUCAGUAAUUUUGGGAAAUGAGGCACAGACACGGAUGGGGUUCUUCUCCAAUUGUGCUCUAAUAUUGUUUUUCUCUCCCCCCCUUAACUCCCUGUCUUUUCCAAUCUUACUUUCGUCAAACCUCUAAUUCUCAAGCCACUUCCUACUCUAUCCACAUUCUUCGGCUGCCCUGCCAGCAAUCCCAGUUGCCCUUACUCGUUUAUUUUCCAGUUCCUCUUCCCAUUUAGAUUCCUAACCCUUGUUGUCACUGCUUAUCACCACAUCACACAUCCUUCUUUGCCUCUAGGGCUGUGUGAAGAUUUCCAUAGCCAAACUGGUCUUCACGUAUCUUGCAAGAGUUAUCAUCACUUCUUGGGAUGCUGCUGUGUCCCACUAAGUAACUAGAAUGCUUGUGAACAUUCCUUGGGACUCAUAGAAGCCCAUUGACAAAGAGGAGUAUGACAGCAAGGAGAGAGGUGGCAAACAACUAUUGCCGUUUAGCUUCUUAUAUCCAACCUUCAAUACCGCAGAAUUUUCUUUUGCAUCUCGAGGUCCCCAAGCCACCCCAAACAAACUCACACUUCACACAUCAAUUUUUGUUUAAGGUUUUUAGCAUGACUUUGGCCACAACUUUAUUUAAAUACACACAUGUGAGUGGUUGUUUAGGCAUUGGUUAUGACUAUCUGUCCUUGCCCCAGGGACAGAACUGACUUCCGGAUUCCAGCGAAAGCCAGUCAGGGAAAACAAUAUUGGGGAGAAAUGAAGAUGGGCAGCAGACCCUCACUUCUCACCCGGAUGCUCCCGGGGGCUUGCAUGGCCCAAGCCCGAUGCCAGGCACUUGGAUGAAAAGGGGUGGCAAGCCCCUGGAUUCCUUUAACGGAAUUCCCUUGCACCACCACCAUUGGAGGGGUAGGCACUUACCCCACCACCAACCAAUUUUAAUCAAUGCCUAACCGCAAACCUUACAAGUUGUGACGAUUUGCUAUGCAGUAGGCAAAAACCAAAUGGCACCAGCCAAUCAGCCAAAUGGACAAAAUUCCUACCAGGCCCCUGCCCCAACAGCAGACGACCCCAUGACAGGCAUAGCAAGGUCAAUGCAAAAAAACACCAAAAAACAAUUCAGGGAAGGUGGGCGGGUGAUCCGGUUAACGCAGCCCAAGAGGACGCUCAAAGCUGCAAGACCAGUAUUUAAAACCUUUGUCUCGACCCACAAAUUGGCAACAUACGAAUCUCCCCAGAGACUCAGUUACCCAAUCACUGCCUGUGGCCAUCCAAACGCAUCUGCCCCGCAACAGUGGGGUGGCCUGCUAGCUCCCACCGCAACACGUGCUCUCUGUUAGGGAGAACACGUUUUGUGCAUGUGUCCACAUACGCAACACUGAUGCUGAUGACCAUAGCUUCCAGUUUUCAAGCUGUGUGUGUAUAUCGCCAAUGCAUUAAGAUUCUCUGCAGGUAAGAAUCCUAGCUCAGGAUCACACCUUCUAAUGCUGAACUCAGACCCAGCAUGAUGACAUUGUGCAACCCCUGAGCAAUAAGGCUGAGGUACCUGCAUAUUAGGGGCGUGGGUGGCACUGUGGGUUAAACCACAGAGCCUAGGGCUUGCCGAUCAGAAGGUCAGCUGUUCGAAUCCCCGUGACGGGGUGAGCUCCCAUUGCUCGGUCCCAGCUCCUGCCAACCUAGCAGUUUGAAAGCACACAGUGCAAGUAGAUAAAUAGGUACCGCUCCGGCAGGAAGGUAAACGGCAUUUCUGUGUGCUGCUCUGGUUCCCCAGAAGCGGCUUAGUCAUGCUGGCCACAUGACCUGGAAGCUGUACGCCAGCUCCCUCGGCCAGUAAAGUGAGAUGAGCGCCGCAACCCCAUAGUCGUCCACGACUGGACCUAAUGGUCAGGGGUCCCUUUACCUUUUUACCUGCAUACUGGGGUGAAUCCCACAGAUUGCAGAAGUGUUUUGUUUUUUUUUAACGUAGGGGGGAACCCCCAGCCAAGAAAACCCAGAAAGUGGGCAGGUUGUACAUGUGUGCAGCCAUCCAAAGAAAAGGGAGUAAAGGACCAUAUAAUGAAAGUGAAUCUUGAGCAACUUCUUUGCCCCUAAGGGGUUAUAUAUCUACCUGUCUACCUACCUAUCUAUAGAUUGCCCUUGGCCAUAUGGACAACUUUAUUGAAGAUCCAUUUAACCCACAAAAUGUUCUUCAACAAAAAGUAAUGUGAGUAAUGCCCCCAAGCCUGUACAUUUAUCUCUUCAGAUCCAGAAGUAAAUUCCUGGCCAAAAAAAAAAGAUCCCAUGGUUUCAUUGUCCUUGUUUGGGGGGGGGGUGCCUUCAAAAAGACACUGAAAAGACUUCUUUUCAUUUUCUUUUUAACGUUGUUAGUGCUUGGAAUUUCAGAAAGGGAAAAGCAACACUAGGGAAAGUGUAUCCCUCAACAGCGAGGUGUUCCAGGACUGCCUUCUCCUCAUCGUGGCUUGUUUAUUUCUAGAGCACUCAUUCAUACCUGCACACUGAUGCUUUGUAAUUUACUGCCAGAGUAGAGAAAGAGAUGAGCAAGAAGAAAGACUAAGGAAAUAUACAAGCGGAAAUAAUGUUUGGCCUCGUAUGAUUUGUUGGGUCAUCGCUGGACUGGGCUUUGUACCUUGAUACCAUGUUCCUUUUUCAUGUUCCAUUCCCAUCUGGCUCAGUUCCCUGGACAUGACAACUCAAAAGAUAAUCUGGAUGAUAGAUCUGGAAGCAAGGGCAGCAUUUGGACAGAGACAGAGAAGCCUGUGAUAGAGGAGGCUAAAUGCUUGCUAAUUUAUACAGUAUAUAUUUAAAUCUGAGUCCAUACCUGGCGCUUUCUAUUCUUAUUUUGCUUCCUUAAUCCUUUCCAGUUUCUGUGAAUGUAUUCAUCAUUCUCCAAUUCUUAGGUCAUUCUGUACUGCCACUUAACAGGUGCCAAAGGCAGGACCAGCCCAACUGCUGGGCAAAAUGAGGCAACUGCCUCAGGUAGAAUAUGUUGCAUGGCAGCAGGGGCAGCCUUCUGGUUGAGCCUCCUAAGACCCCACCCCUUGUCCUGAGGCAUUCUCUCUGCUGGAGGAUAGGAUCCUGCUCCCCUCCAAACUAGACUGAUGCUUCAGGUAUAGUAGAGGAUGAUAUCCUGUCACCAUUGUUUCUUUCAAAGAUUUUCUUGUGUAACAAAACAAAGAAAGAAACAGAGAAAAGUCUCCACUUUCAAUUCACAAAGUCUUUUUCACAGUUCCUUUAUGUUCAGUAUGAGUCACUAUUAUCAUAGACAUUGUGAGGUUGGAGGGAAAGGGGAGAAAGAGAAGAAGGAGAUGGGGGAAUAAUGAUCUUUCAUUGUAUUGCUUAGUGUUUGUGCAGGGUUUUUAUUUCUUCUUCUUUUUUGUUCAAUAAGGAAAGAUACAAUUACACUUUAUAUACUUUACAAAAUCAAAACCAUAUUCACCAAAAGAAAAUUAGAAUAUAUACCUAUGUGACUUCCCUCCACCACAACUCAACAUCCUUUAUACUAUAAUGUCUUUUUUACAUUGUGUCUUUAUAUAAAUCAAUUUAUAUCCAUUGAUAAUUUUACUCUAAAAAUGAAUCGUGUUUGUGCAGGGUUUUUGUGUCAGCUUCACAUGGGUAGGUCUCUCUCUCUCUCUCUCUCUCUCUCUCUCUCUCUCUCACACACACACACACACACACACACAGCAUUGUUGAAGUAAGAUUAAACUGCCAGCCAAGGCAGCUUUUGUAUGUCGAAUGAGGAGGGGCCGCCAUCUUGUCUGUCUUCUCAGGCAGCAAAUUGUCUUGGACCCAAUGCUUCCAUACCUGGGUUGCGACUUUGAGCUCAAGGUGCAUAUCUGUCUAACUAUUUGCUGCCACCUGUACAUAAGCUGGCAUUCCAGCUUUUUGAGGUGUGAACUUCCUCCUACUUCCUAUAUUAGGCAUUGUAAUGCUCUGCCCAGUUCUUAAAAAGGACUUUUGUGUGUUAAAUCCGCUUAUUUUCCCUUUGUUAACUUUCUGUGCUAAAACUGGAACUCAUCCACCCCUGUCUUGGCCAACAUUUGUGAAGUCUGCCCUUCUUUCCAUUCUUACUGCCAACAGUCCCCCCCCCUUCUCUCUCUCUUUCUUUCUCCCCUCACACCUCCAUAGAAGUAGUACAGUGUUUGCCAACCUGAAGCUCUCCAGAUAUUUUGGACUACAACUCCUGUUGGUGCCAGCCAGCACAGCCAAUGAUUGGGGGGGAUGAUGGGAGUGGUAGUACAACAAUUUCUGGAGGUUCUCCAACCCUGGGUUAUGCAGUCAAGUCAAUAACAUCUCCUUACCUGCUUUCUCUGGUGCCUUAGAUAUAUGUAGGAUAGGAUAUAAAUAUCCCUGGCUAACUUGCUUGAUACACGCUGAACAACAACAACAACAACAACAAUAAUAAUAAUAAUAAUAAUUUUAUUUUUUAUACCCCACCCAUCUGGCUGUGUUUCCUAGACACUCUGAGCAGCUUACAGCACACAAAAGAUUGUAAAACAUUAGAUAUUAAAAAUGUCCCAAUACAGGGUUGCCUUCAGAUGUCUUCUAAAACUCAGAUAGUUGUUUAUUUCCUUGACAUCUGAUGGGAGGGCAUUCCACAGGGCGGAAUGUUAGUGUUAGUUACCAUAUUUUUUGCUCUAUAAGACUCACUUUUUCCCUCCUAAAAAGUAAGGGGAAAUGUGUGUGCGUCUUAUGGAGCGAAUGCAAGCUGCGCAGCUAUCCCAGAAGCCAGAACAGCAAGAGGGAUUGCUGCUUUCACUGCGCAGCGAUCCCUCUUGCUGUUCUGGCUUCUGAGAUUCAGAAUAUUUUUUUUCUUGUUUUCCUCCUCCAAAAACUAGGUGUGUCUUGUGGUCUGGUUUGUCUUAUAGAGCGAAAAAUACGGUACCUUUUUGUAAUGGCAUUGCUUUAAAGAAUCAUACAAAUACUAUCAAAAGCAGUGUUAGAAACUGAGAUAUGGAAGCCAUGAGCUAAAUGGCACCUUAAACCUAGGUUAUGGGCACCCAAAUGGAGUAUCUAGGCGUGCUUUUUUAUAACAGGAAUACACAACUGAAAAUGAAUGAACUGCAGCUAAAAUCUUAUGUUAAUUUUUGACAUGGUCUGUGAAGACUGCAAAAAAACAAAGCCAUACUUCCCCUGCCCGCCCCCCUAAUAUUCUUAUGAGGGUCUCUUCUCCAGUCUUCAGAGAUUGGCUGGAAGUUGGGAAGGCAGAAAAAGGUCCUCCUUUUCUUCCAGCAAUGGCAGUUUUAAUCUGAAAUCUUUGGCUCAGUACCAGACCCACCCAGAGCUCAGAAACCACUUAUGCUAACGAACUUCCCUGUCGCAAAAUGCCUCUGGAACAAUGGGAGUUUUGAACGCUGAUCAAAACAGUUUAGUAAUGUAAGUCCUUUCAUUGCACAAUAUAAGAAGGAAGGGAAAUUAAUUUAGCUACCUCUGUUUUGUAGCCUGCCUUAACUGUUAACAUAUAACAGCAAUUUAAGUCUGAAGGAGAGCAAAGAUCACCUGGUCCUACCAAAGCUAUGAUAGGAAGAGUGUGAAAAAUUAUUAAAGUGGUCAAGAAAAUUAGAAAGCUCUCACUAGUAUAAAAAAUUGAUCGGGGGGGGGGCGGCGAGAGCCAAUGGAGUACAGUAAGGAAAUGCUGAUCUUAAGUAGGCACACCAUCUACAGUGUUCCUUCUCCAAAAUAAAGAUGUAUGUUAGAAAACGAGGAAUUUACAUGUUUUGAAGUAAAGAGUUGGCUGAGAUAUUGCUUGUAAGACUGCAUUUGUAUGCAGUUAUAUAAUGUGACAUCAUAGCUCUGUGACUGCACAUAUUUAUCCAUAGCAGGCAUACCUGGGAACUGUAGUUCACUUCUUACAAAGUUACAAUUCCAAUGCUGUUAACAAAAGUCAGUUAUUGUCAGGCUUUAGGUAAACGGCUUCCUCCCUCCCUUUGGCCGUGGAUAAACAGAACAAAGCAAAAAAUAAUCUCUUACCAUUUAAAGAGAUUUUCAGGAUCACUGUGAAAGAACAAAGAGUCCAUUCUCGAAGUAAAGGUGCUCCCAGUUAAGGUUUACACCCCGAGUCAUUUCUUCAUCUUGCAACUUGAUCUCACAACCGCUUUGCUUUCUGUACUGUACUGCCACCUUAUCUGCUUGUUAUGACCUUGGGCUGGGCAGAUGUAGGCUGUCCAGCGAGAGAGAGUCUGUUAACUCUCUCUCUCUCCCAGUUCUUUUUCUCCUAGCUGUUCACCACCCAGUUCUUCCCAACUUUUGUCUUCUGAACUAUGUCCCUCUGCAAACCACUGCUCCAAAUCUAUACUGUCCCACUGCUCCUGGGCAGCUUCAGGAUCCUGACCAGGAGCAGGGGUGGGGGGAGGUUCCCACCAUAACUCCUUUGUGCAGCCUUCCUCAGCACAGUCUCUGGCAGUUAUAGGAUUCUCUGAAGGAAGGAGGGUGCAUUCAAUACAUGGUGUGGGUGAAACCAGUGGGGAUGUAUUUGUUCGCCAUAUGUUUUCAUCCCAUGUGCUAAUCCGAUGGACAGUUUAUAUUUCCUGAUCUAUUGUAGUACGCAAUCUGCAAAGCUACAUGUUUCCUGUCCCACCAAGUUAUAAUGUUGGAAUUUAACGUUGCUGCUGACGUCUUGCCUACUGAUGGCUUCUCACAUAUGUGAGAAUAUACAGUGUUAACAACACUGUUGUAUCUAUCUAACAUAAUUUCCAGUACUGCUGAUAUUAUCUCCAUGUGUUCUUCAGUUGUUUUCACUCACAAAUAAAUGAGCCUUCCAAUUGCCCAUCAGCUAGCCCAGUUAUUGUCAGUACGGGACAUGAAUGAUGAAAGGACAUGAAUGAUGGCUGGGGGGUUUCCUCCUCACAGUGAGAUGGUGAGACUUCCUGAGCUGUGCUUAUCAGAAUUAUUAUUUUUAAGCAUUUUAUAAUGCUGAAGCUGAACGGAGUAACCUGUCUUGUAGCUGUGUGUGAUUGUGAUGCUGAGAAGGGAAGACAUGGAAAGUUUACUCCAACUGCAACUUAAUUGUUGUGAGCUGCAGUGUCAUGUACCAUGGCAAACCUUGCUGUGUUUUUCCUAAAGAUGUUUUUCAAGGGUUGAAUUGUCAUCCAUGAACUGCUGACCUAAGUCUCAGACAUGCAUCUGACCGUGAGUAACUGACUGACAUACUGUCUAGUCCUCAAGCGUUCAGCAGCCACAGUUACAGAUAUGUUCAACCUUGGGGCUGGGUGUAUGAAGAAGACUGGCAGUAUCGGUUCUUAGUUUUUCAUUCCUAAAGUAUAAGGAAAAAUAAUCUAUGCUGAGAACAAUGCGAUAGUUUGUGUGGCUGGAAUAAAACCAAGAUUCCAAAGGUGAAAGGACAACUGGAUAUAGCUCACUCAACCAUUUCCUAGUAAAGUUAAAAAUACGUUUUGCUGGCGGGAAAAUGGCAUUUGUCAUUUGAGAAAAUUGCUUUAUUUCAGGAGCAGUCACAUGUAGCAGAAAUUUCUUUGCCAUGUGUGUAGGUUUUACAGUGUUUCCAUCGUAAUAGCACUGCUGAAAUAGAGAUUUUCAAGGAUACACUUUCCAGAAGCUACCACUUCAGAACUAAUAAUUUAAAGACUUUCGCAUUCUCUUGUGAUCUCCAAGUAGGAAACACCAGCAGCUUUUCGUCUGUCAGGAAGUAGCCUACACUGAUGUCAUUGCCAUGUUGCCAGAGCAAAGCCCUCUGGGAACCUGAUUGAGGGCUCUCAGGAGUAAUAUCUGAAAGGAAAUGUGUAUCUUUUCCAUUCAUCACUACAGUGUUUGCUUGAAGUCACUACAAAAGCAGCCUUCAGAGAAAUUACUUUGCUCAAUAUUUGAAGGCCAAUAGGCUUUGUGAAGUUUUACAGCUGUGUGUCUUGCCUGUUUCUUUGGGGGGGGGGGAGAGAAACAAACUUUAAAAGAAAACCAUGUGGGUGGAAGGUUUUGCUUCUGCUUUUUAACAGAACACUGAGGGGGCAAUCACAAAGGUACCAUCAACCGACAAUAAUAGAUUUUCACCAUGCAAUUGUCACCUAACCAGGAAGAAGAUGAACCCAUGUGAUUAGCCCUGAGCAUAUGGCGGCAGACCUCGAAACUGCACAUCCGUGCGAUGGGAUGAAGUAUGGAAAAGCAGCUCCUUAUGUUGCUGACGUAAUGUCUAAAGAGCAUCUUAGUCACUGUGAAAAUGAAACAGAAAGAUGCCCUGAGCCAUUCAAACUGCCUGUAUUAGCAUAAGCCUCUUACCAAAUGAAGUUUGAUGAAAACAAAAGGAAAUGAUGCAAUGCUGCUGGGGACUCUUAAGGCCCCACCCCAGCUGAGGUGAGGAGAAAUUAACACUGUGACGGCACCAGUGGUUGCAGGUGCUUGUAAUGAAAUGCUGAUGGCAUUGCUCAAUUGUCCACCCAACGAACAAGUGUGUUUGCACCAAUGCAGACAGAUCCUAAUAUCCCAUCAUAAUGCAAUGGGUAUAUAAGGGAGUAAAUGAUUUAAAAGAGUAAAGGGUAACUUAGGACUCAGCUACACUGGCAAAGAAAAAGCACUUUGUAUGCGUUAUAUAUGCAUUAUAACACUGUGGCACCAGAUGGCGCUGUGGAGUUCCACUUUUGCCAACCCGAUUUCUCAUACAAAGUUUAUAACGCAUUUAACUGAAACGCUUCUUUGAUGUGUCUAGAUCCAACCUUAGUGUAGUUUUUUAUCCCCCAGAUCACUUUAGCUUAUCUCUUUAUUUUGCCCUUUGCACCCAAUCCUGCUUGCUCGUCAUAAUAACUGCAAAAUAAACAAACUCUUAGUUCUUACUCCAGGCAAACGUGCUUCUUUAUUGGUAGCUGUGUAUAGAACACAACUGAAACCGAAAAGCAGAGCAAAUAAAAGUCCCCUGGGUGGACUCUAACUCAAUCCCAUAAUACAAAGUUCUAAUAUUUAACACUGCAAGGUGAUGGUACUUAUACAGUGUGCUUUUUUCGAGAUCGCUUAAGGCUCCUGAAAAUUUCAUCCUUGGUCAGGGAAAGUCUUGAGAUAAUGGAGGGGGGGGCCCUCUGUCAGAUGAGUCCUUUAUUGUGCAUGCACCCUGCCGUAUUCACUGAAUUUUUCAGACUGUUAGAAAACAUUCUUUAAGCAGAGGCUGUCAUUGUCUGUCACAUCACAAAUUAUUUUAUCUCUUUAAAUCCUAGGGGAGGCGAAGCACAGCUUGAGGGGUGUAUGCACCAAUUUGCACCACCUUGGCCACAGGACUACCUAUGUUAAUUAAUAUAUAUUCACACACACAUAAUAGAACUAAAGACUAAUUUAAAUAAGGAUGCAGUGGUCACUGCAUUAUUUCACAAUUAUAAAAUAUCAUGGCUUUGCCCGAAGAAUGAUGGGACCUUUAGCUCUGUGAAGAUCUACCUACUCAGACAUGAAGGUCACUGAGUGACCUUGGACCUGUCACUGUCUAGGACCUUGUUGUGAGGAUAAAAUGGGGAGGGGAGAACCAUAACACCAAAUUUCAGUUCCUUGGAGGAGAAAGUGGUAUACAAAUGUAAUAAAUAAAUAGAAUUCUUUAUUUUUAAACUGGUUUUGGACUGGGCAGCCCUUCAAACAGAGAACAUCGUCAAAUGGAGGGCUGUAAAGCAGCCCAAAGAUGGGAUCACAGUAAUACAGAAGGGUGUGACCACCCUUCUGUAUUACUGUGAUCCCAUCUUUGACUGGUUCCUAUUAAUCCGUGACAUUUCUGAAAUUUGCCUUUCGUACCAUGAUCGAAGCAUUAAAUGUCGCCAUCUUUCCACACAUGCUCCGAGUCCUGGAUGCAUGUGGAUGGCAUGGCGAACCACAUUUAAAUCAUUUUUGACAACCUGGAUUUUCGUUGUUUUGAAACUGUAUCACUUUGCCUGGCCCAGGAGGGAUGUGGGCUUAAUAGCCGUUCAUUUGUUCCAGGUCCAGCAGGUGUUGCAGGAGGUUGUGACAUGUGUGGAUUACUUGGCGCACUGUGAGGAUGUUCAGAAAUAUUUGGUGUGGAAAAACAUAUUAAGUGAACGGAUUCAUACGGGGAAUUACUGGCACCGGUGCUUGCUUGUAAUGGAGCUCUUUUCAGCUUGGGAAGUUCAGCUAGAUAACGUGGAUGUCGAGUUUCAUUUCUCAAAGGGAAAAGGGCCUCCUGUUUUCAAAGAGCCUUUAGAAAGCAUUCUCAAGGAAUGGCCAGCAGCCCAUCAAAGAACAUCUGGAGUGUAUUUAUGGACAGUUAUUUACUUAAGUGACUCACAUUGUUGUUGUUUUUGGAAGCCUAUAAACCAAGGCUGGGGAACCUGUGGCCCUCCAGAUGUUGCCGAACUACAAGUGAUGGAUUAUGAGUGCUGUUGGAUUCAUGUUCUGCGUGCAGGAUUCCCAUAGGGAUCUAGUUGGCCACUUUUAAGAACAGGAUGCUGGACUAGGUGGGUCUUUGACCUGGUGCAACACACGUUCUUAUGUUCCCAUCAUCCCUGACCAUUGGCCAUGCUAAAUAGGGCUAAUGGAAGUCAGAGUCUAACAGCAUCUGAAGGCUCAUAGUUUCCCCACCCUGAUAUAAACACUUGAAAUUCUGUUACCGAUCUGGAUGUUUAGCAUUCAUCAGUUUGGACCAUAUUUCCAUAUAUAUUUUUGGAUUUCCUCACACUCCUUCUGUAAUAGCAGGGUUCUAUGGUUAGUCCCAGGGAGGUGAACAUACAAUCUGUUUCAUACUGUUUGAUUCCACUCUUGAUUUUGUGGGAGUUUCAUUUUAUGUGUCAGGCUGAGAAGGUAGCUGACACCUGACCAGAACCAUUUGCUGUAGCAGAACUUGAACCACAGUAUUUUUUGUUUCUCACUGUACAACUGUUUCAGAACUAGUUUAGUCUUGUUUUUGUUUGCUUGAGCAAACGCUGUAUUACUGAGAGAUCUGGUGAAUCCUGCGGGGUGGGUUCUACCAUACCCGUUUAGCAUACAAGUUGGGUUGUAACAGAUGUUAUGGGAAACAUGGAGAGCUCACUGUUUCUCAUUGCUGAUUAUUUUACAGUGGUACCUCGGGUUAAGAACUUAAUUUGUUCUGGAGGUCCGUUCUUAACCUGAAACUGUUCUUAACUUGAGGUACCACUUUACCUAAUGGGGCCUCCUGCUGCCGCCACACGAUUUCUGUUCUCAUCCUGAAGCAAAGUUCUUAACCUGAGGUACUAUUUCUGGGUUAGCGGAGUCUGUAACCUGAAGUGUCUGUAACCUGAAGCGUCUGUAACCCGAGGUACCACUGUAUUUGUUUGCCACUUCGUUAAAAAAGAAGUCUCAAAGUAGCCCAAUGACAGGAUAAAAUGCAAAUUAAACCAAUUAAAGAAAGACCCAGAAAAGAAAAGAACAACUUCUCACAUUCAUGAUGUCACUGCAUUGCUCCAUCCUGCCUCGCAUCAUUGGCUGGGCACAAGAUAUCAGUGGGUCUCUUGUUCCCUCCAUCAAACCACUCCUCUCCCUUUUGGCCCCCCUUGCUGAGACUCACAAUUUGUUAAUAUCUAUGGGGUGGGAUGAGGGAUGGAUUUGAAUGACCUGCAUUCAUUCUUCCUCUAAGGACUCAGUACCAUAAAUCUGUAACAUGGCAGACUAGCAUAAACCAAUAAUACAGCAGAGUGUGUUUUCUUACCACUGUGGGAAACCACAACCAGAGCCCACAUAUUUUAAAUAAGAAAACAGGGUUUGCACCAUUGUGCAUCUCUAUUUACAGAGUGAGCCUUGCAUGUAAAUAGAACGUGUUUAAAAAUACAGGAACAACAGUGCUAAAAGAGCAUUGCUGAUUCAAUCUGUACUCUAUAGCUAGUGUGCAUUGUAGCCCCAAGUAGGAACGUCAAGCUAGGAAGAUGCAGUAGAUCCGUUUUGAAAGUCAGAGCCCCUUCCAAAAUUACCUUUACUGCCCAAAGCCAAGUGUAGAAGGACAUAAAGAUUACAUAAGAAUAGUCAGCUGGAUCAGAGCAAGGCCCAUCUAGCAGAACAUAAGCACAAGAGCACUUUCCCAUCUCAUAGUUUCCAGCAACUGGUAUUCAGAAGCAUAGCUGUCAACUUUCGCCUUUUUAAAAGGGAAAUUCCCUUAUUCCAAAUAGGAUUCCUCGCAAGAAAAGGGAAAAGUUGACAGCUAUGUUCAGAAGCAAUGCUGCCUCCAACUGUAGGGUUAGAAAAUACAAUCAGAUCAGGCAAAAUUAAUAAUAAUAAUAAAUUUUAUUUAUACCCCACCCUCCCCAGCCAAAACCAGGCUCAGGGCAGCUAACACCAGGUACAAAAACAAUUGAUUAAAAUGCAACUUAAAAACAAGAUUAAAAUACAACAUUAAAAUGCAGCCUCAUUUCAGUAGAAACUCAAAUCAAAAAAAAUUGGGGGAUGAAAAUGUCAAAUCUUCACCAAGGCCAACUAUCCAGACUGGUCCUACGUGGGCCAGAAAAAGCCAGGGAAGUCCCCAGAUAGGAGUUCCAUCACAGAAGGAGAAAGGAAAAAGGAAAGAGGGGGAGGGGAUCAAGUUGAUUCCAAGCCAAAGGCCAGGUGGAACAACUCCGUCUUACAGGCUCUGAGGAAAGAAAUGAGAUCCUGAAGGGCCCUGGUCUCAUGAGGCAGAGCGUUCCACCAGGCUGGAGCCAAUGUUGAAAAGGCCCUUGCUCUGGUUGAGGCUAAUCUAACUUCCUUAGGGCCCGGGACCUCUAGGGUGUUGCUAUUUAUGGACCUUAAGGUCCUCCGCGGGGCAUACCGGGAGAGGCGGUCCCGUAGGUUCCUUCCUUGAGAACUGACUUGGUGCCAGCUUUCCUUCAAGGAGUUCAAGGUGCAUACAUCGUUCUCUCUUCCCCACCCGCCAUUUCUCCUCAGAACAACAACCCUGUGCAGUUGUUAGGCUGAGGUACAGUGACUGGCCCAAGGGGAUUUAAACUGAUCUCCAGGGUCCUAGCUCGACACUCUACACACUGGCUCUCCUAUGAGGAAAAAUGAGCAAAGACAGGGCAUGAUAGCAGUUGUCUGUUUCUCAUGAUACCUUUAUAACAGGGUUCGACUUCCAGGCUCCUUUUUGAAUGUUCAAGCUCCAGAAAGAGAGGUAGCCACCUUGGAACAUGUCAUCUGCCACACAGCUGUGUAACUGCGCUUGUUGCAAACCUGGAAUUAGGAGUAGAAGCCUCCCUGCUCAUAUGGCAAGAGCUAGCUUUUUUCUUUUUAAUGCCAAUGUAGCAGAAAGAAAAAGGGGAGAAUAAAAACAAUAACAUUGCUAGCUAUCAUUAACAAUAAAAAUAUUUCAUCAAUCUUAAUUUAAACAUACAGAUUGAUACAGGCAGUCCGCAUGUCCAAAUAGGUAUCAAACUGAAAUUAUUAUUAUUAUAAUUUGUUAAUUAAUUAAAUUUGUAUACCACCCUUCAUCCAUAGACUCAGUGUGGUUCACAACAUAAAAUUACAACAUAAAAACCACAAAAUGCAUCAUAAAAUUAAAAACAAUGACAAACCAAUAACCCCCUCAUUUAAAACACAUUUAAAAGGCCAUUGGAUGUCAAUUGACAACAGUAUAACACGUGUUCAAAUGUAGAAAGGUAAUUGAGAUUUUCAAAGCAGAAUGGCCAUUUAGCCUUCCAGCCUUGUAAUAUAAGUCUCUCUGCCAUGCUAAGAUCUCCUACACCCACUUUUGUUGGCCGUCUGUUAGUCCCCACGUUAUUUCAUUAGCUUGUGAACUUGGAUUUUUUUUCUGGGCAUGGAGGGUAGAAAUUAAUGGGAAAAGAGGAAUACAGCAACUUUAACUUAUAAGCCAGAUAGCCGUGAGCUGGUGACAAUGAUAUUACCUUCUCAUUUGCUAACAAUUCCUCUUUGCCCCAACCCAAAAAUAUACUAUCAAAUCCUGCUAUUUGCUCCCUGCUGAGUGUGUUUCAUCACACCCCUCUAUAUAGUUCUUAGUCCAUGGGGAAAUUACUAGCAGGGGAUGUGGGAGAAUUUUAUAAAGCAGGGGGAAGUGGAGAGGAAGAAGUUUAAAUUUCACUUGAAUAAACUGCUCUUCAUUCUCAGGGGCUCCUGUGACUAGCCGGUCUCAACAAAAUUACAUUGCAGUGGAAUUUGCUAAGCAGAAAGCUAAUCCAUGGGUCCUUGAUGGAAAACUCAAAAGAUCUAGUAAUUAGCUCUCAAAGGACUCAGCUGGUUGUUUUACAGCUGCGAAGAAAACACAGCAGAGAGUUUAUUUAUUGACCUAACUAUCUGAUAAAUCAGGACAAGAGCAGUCUUGGAAUCUUUUUCAAUAGACCACCUCCUGAUCCAGAUGAGGUCAACACCCCCACUCAACUUCCUGUCCCAGAAUGUGGGGAAAGUCUGGUAAACAUAAAGCUGCGCAGGAUUUUAAAAGUCUCUGGAGAGAAGGUUUGUGGAAGUGGGUGGCUUUUAAUGGAACGGUCCUUUUGUUAGCCGUAGUACACUAGGAAUUCAUCAAAAACACACAAAAACUGGGCUUUAUAUAUUUAGCACGUCAAUAAAACGUUUGGAAAUAGCAGGAAAUGCAAGAUUCAGUGGAGUAAUGUUGCACUUCUCUCUCUUUCUCUCUCUCACACACAAACACCUCCUGUUUACAUAGAAAAACUUGUUCAUUAAUCCACCCCCCCACACACAAAAUUUGCUUUAUCUUCAAGAAGGACAGAUUCAUUGUUUCCAUGCAUGAUUGAUAUGAUUUGUUUCUCAGUAGGUCACAUAAAUAUAUUCCACCGUUUCCCACCAUAUAUGGCAAUAAACAUUGUCCAUUUCUUUGAGAGCAAGUUUGCUGUCAAGUAAUAGUAUGCAGCCCUCCCACCCAGCUAGGGUUAAUAUUACUUAGAUUAGUGGUUCCCGAUUAGCUAAGUACAGGGGACCCCCUGUUUUUCAAAAGCCAAUCCAUGGAUCCCCUUCCCUUGAUUUUUCCUGCCUGAAACUGUGGCCAUGAUUAAGCACUCCCACCCACUGGGGACGUUCACUCAGAAAUGAUCUUAUAAACAGCAACAUAAAGCAGCAUUUGGAGGAGCUGAGUCAAGGUGCCUCAGUAGCCACUCACAAUUCUCUUAAAAACAAUUACCCUGAACCAUGAUUAGUUCCUGAAAAUCUCCUUAAUAGCUCCUGAAGUCUAUUGAAAUAUGACUCCCAUUAUGCUAAAGGAUAAAGAAGUUAUGUUUUCCUCCUUUGGCCUGAAUCGCCCAUUGUCUUUUUCUUUUAAGAUCAGGAAAACAUAUUAUAUGAGAGUUAUUUUUGUUCUGGGUACCCCUACAGCUGCCUAUUCUGUCGCUUGUUUUCAGCGGUACCUUCUGAAGGCAGAGUGAUAUAAUCAAGAUAGCAGGUUUACCAAGUUUAAAUAAUGUCUGGUUACCCUUUUAGCAACAUCCAGACUGAAGUCUGACGCAUUGUAUGGGAUGCUAUCAUUCCCUCUGUCUUUAUUGCAGCUUUGUGGCGAGAACCAGGUGUUUUAAGCUCCCACCAUGUAGUCUUGGCAACUUAAAGCAUGCAUUUCCUUCUGUUUUGUCUCUAUUUUUAUUUAUUACCUAAACUGGGAAACUUAGGUAUCAUGUUCCUCACAGCUGUUAGGGUGUUCCCUUGUUGAUACAUUAGCAGCACCUUUUAAACUUUUUACAUCUGUGUGUUUUGCUUCUUCUUCUUUUUUUUAAAAAAAGCUAAUCUUUGUUUUCAUUAGGGGUUGAAAGUGCCUAUUUUUAUCUGAUUCCACUCCAUACUUAUUCCGGAAGCAUAAUUUGAGUAAAAUGUGAUAAACAUUCAAAUUAAUACAGAAGUGUGUGUGAAAAUACUGUGUGUUUAUCUCACCCUUAUUUGUUUCCAGCUUUGAGCAUAAUUGGAUUAAAAUUUACCCCAAUGUAUGGAUGAAGAAGGUGUUGCUUGAUUCUUUGGCUUGAAUGAUUUGUGGCUGUUUUAACUCCUGGCAACUUUUCUAACUUUGGCAGAUGAGCCAAGAGAUACCAUACCCUUCAACAUUUCUUCAAUGAAAAUAGGGACAUCCUAUUCCAUACUACUACUACUACUGAACAGCCCUGGGACUUCCAGAUAUAGGGCUGUAUAUAAAUUCAGUAAAUAAUAAUAAUAAUAAUAAUAAUAAUAAUAAUAAUAAUACCCCGCCCAUCUCACUAGGUUGCCCCAGCCACUCUGGGCAGCUUCCAACAUAUUUAGAAACAUAGCAAAACAUUAUAAAAACUCCAUUAUACAGGGCUGCCUUCAGAUGCCUUGUACAGUGGUACCUCGAGUUAAGUACUUAAUUCAUUCCGGAGGUCUGUGCUUAACCUGAAACUGUUCUUAACCUGAAGCACCAUUUUAGCUAAUGGGGCCUCCUGCUGCUGCCGUGUCGUCGGAGCACGAUUUCAGUUCUCAUCCUGAAGUUCUUAACCUGAAGAAUAUGUAACCUGAAGCGUAUGUAACCCAAGGUACCACUGUAUAGUUACUUAUCUUCUUGGCUCAGGGGGUCACAUAACUCCAUAUCCUCCAACAUUUCUCUAAUGAAAAUAGGGACAUCCUGAGGAAAAGCGGGACAUUCUGGGAUCAAAUCAGAAACUGGAGUGGCUGCUGUAAAUCUGGAACAGUCCCUGGAAAACAGAGACACUUGGAUGGUCUGAGACACCGCAUAUGCAGUGGCGUAGCGUGGGGGGUGCAGGGGGGGCAGGCCGCAACGGGCGCAACAUCUGGGGGUUAGGGUUAGGGGGCGCAAAUCCACGGGUUAGGGGGCGCAAAUUACUUGCCUUGCCCCGGGUGCUGACAACCCACGCUAUGCCACUGCACAUAUGAACCUGCUACUCUCCUCUUGGACUCUUGAUUUCUGAGAAUUGGAAGGGAGGAUGCUCUCAGCGGCUUCUGGCUGGUUGCCCAGGAAAGUAUAAAGACAAUGAAAAGUUUCUUACCGUCCUUUUUUAUUUUAGUCUUUACAGAGAGAGGCUAUAGAAACCAGCCUCUUGGAUAAUGGCAUUGUCCCAGUUGAAUCUCCUGUCGGCAUGCAGAGGGCCGAGAGGCCAGGUGGCAAGCCCCAACUGGGCCGUCUCCUUCCAGCCAUGCCGCUGCGAAGACCAUCACCUCUGCCCAACAUAAAUCAGCGACCCGGGCUUCACAGGUUCUGGGAGAGGGAAGGUCUGGAAUACUUUCUAGUGACCAUGUGUCAGCCAGCUGCUGCUUCGGCUCUGCCUACUCCUCCUCUCCCAUUAUUUCCCAACUUUUCCCCUCAUCUGCCUCUGAGCUGUGACCUCCCACAAACCACUGUUGUAAAUCUCUACUGUCUUCCUCUUCCCCCUCUCUGGAAGGGUCAAGCUGGGGAGUUGGUCUCCACCAUUCCUCCUCUGCCCAGUCCCAGACUUUACCCCCUGCAAAGCACCUCCUGUCUCUGCCACCAAACAGCUCUUGCUCUUGGAAAGUUUGUUCUGAUGUUUAGUCGGAAUCUCCCUUCGAAACCUCCAGUCUCGGAAAGGAAAAUAAAUUAGCAGGGUCUGUCACCACUGUAUCACUUUCUUUGGGUUGUUCCCCACAUUUAAAACAAGAAUUCCCCCUUUCUUCCAGUGGUCAUAUGUCAUAUAAAAAUGCUUCCAAUAAUAAUAUAUUUCAUUCAGUAUAAAGAUCAAGGGUGUUCUAUGAGUUGGGCAAUUUUUCAUGCUUUUGUAGCAUGGAAAUAGAUCUUUCUAGAUUAUGCUUAUUAAUUUUUAGUCUUUGGGUAUGUACAAAUAACACACCCAAGGCUUGCAUGAGAUGAUAGAAACUGCAGAACAGUUUAUGAUUUGUCUAAAUUCCAGACUUUUACAAAGUCUCAUUCAGCCUCCUGGUAUUUAUGAAUAAUUCCUAAAACUCGUGUUUUUAAGCUGUGGCAUCUGAUAGAAGGCAGAUGAUAUACUGUAGUGUCUUUGGGAAGCGCAAAUUAGGUCUUUGUUGAAUGGCCUCCCAUUUCAAAGUUUAGGUCAAAAUUAGGGAUCAGAGAGGGCGAAAUAUUUCCAGAUAAACUCUGAAUUGCAAAGAUGGUCACCUUUUUAUUGUGUCUACUGCCAUUGUUUCAUUUGUCACUGCUUCAGCACCCUCCCCACCCAUCCAUGUCUCAUUGCUACAUCUUUCCUGAUUGGACAAAUACAGUAUGUGAUCCGAUACACAGGGCCGUCUUAAGUAUAUCUGGCACCAUGGUGCAAAGAUCCCUCUGGCGCCCUCCCCCCAUUUCCCAGAGUUGACAACCUUUUUAUGGUGCUGCCAGCAGCUUUGCGGGGCUGGAGGAGGAGGGAAGCGGCUGGAGGACGGCUCCUCUGGCAAGGAAGAGGCAGAGGCUCCGGGUCAGCGCUGCUUCAGCAAGGCGGGUGAGGGCGGCGAGCCAGUGUUGUGUACUGGUUAAGAGUGGUAGACUCAUAAUCUGGUGAACCGGGUUCGCGUCUCCACUCCUCCACAUGCAGCUGCUGGGUGACCUUGGGCUAGUCACACUUCUCUGAAGUCUCUCAGUCCCAUUCACCUCACAGAGUGUUUGUUGUGGGGGAGAAAGGGAUGUUAGCCACUUUGAGACUCCUUUGGGUAGUGAUAAAGCGGAAUAUCAAAUCCAAACUCCUCCUCCUCCUCCUCCUCUUCUUCUUCUUCUUCUUCUUCUUUCCCCUCUUCCCUGGCACCCGUGCCGUGGUGGCCAUGGCAGGCGGAGGCUCCAGGCGCGGCGCUGCUUCGGCGCGGUAUGGCGGAGGUGGACGAGGGCAGCGAGCUGAUGCCGGGAGGCGCUGCGUCCAGCCGCCUCCGCCUCUUCCCUGGUGCCCUCCAGAACUUGGCACCCUGGUGCCCUCCAGAACUUGGCGCCCUGGCACCCCACACUACUUGCCUCUAUGGGCAAGACACCCCUGCUGAUACAAUUGUAGAUUACAUAGAGAACAUGAUGGUGCUGCAUGGUCUGUUGGAUUUGCUACAUCACAACAUCAGAUGAGUGCCCCCCCCCAAAAGGCCAAUUGAGAGUAAGGGCAAUGUCUCCUGGAUCAUUUGCAGGUGAUUCCAGCCAACUGAUAAGGAUGACGAUGGGAUGACAAUACAGUGCUACCUUGCCAGUCAUGUUUGGCUAUGUGCUUAUGUCACUUUGGAGGGAAAGUUCAGAGUGACAACAAUAUUUUCUGAGCUGGUGGACACUUUUUGCUGCCUUUUAGAGCAAUCACCAACGAAAUAAUCAGGGCUUUUCAAUGCUGCCACAAAUGUUUGCAAAAAGUGGAACCCGUUGACUGAGGGCAAUGUUUUGAAUGCAAGAGGAUAACUAUAAAACUGACUAAAGUUUUCUAUGGCUUCUGUUUUCAGGAGCUGGGCAAAUACUGUUCACAGCAAUAAACAUUCCAUAUAACUUUAAAGACUUAACAGAAUCAAACUAUAUUGGAUUUGACCAAAAGUUUAGCCUUUCAUCUUCCAUAUUUCGAGGUUUUAAAUGAAUGGAAGCACAUAAGCAGAACAGUCACUUUAAAAACAAAUAAAACACAUUGCACAUUGUUGUGCUUUAUUAAGAUGCAUGUCAGUUAGUUGGGGGUGGAUGACAAUGGACCAAGUAAGUGAAUAAAAAAGAAAAUGCAAAAUAUAUCAGAUUGAUAACCAAGGGUACAGGUAUGUAGCUCCAAGAAAGAGGAAGACAUCAGUGGAGAAACUUGUCCAAUCAGCAAGAUACACCUUUGAGAGGCUGCUAAAUGUCGGGGUCCCCCCCCUUCUUCCUUUGCACAUCCUUUCCCAGUGUCUUGUGUGAAGAGUGGUAUGCAUCCUUCCUAUGGAGAGAUGGAUGUUCUGGCCCCAUGUUGAAAAACACACAUCUUCUCCCUUGCAUUGAGUCUUGGGAGAGGAAGCACAAAUCUCUCAUGAUUCAUCUGCUGACAGUUUCCAAAGCAUUCUGAAGCCGCUGUUGCAAAUUUGUUCUUUUCCCCCAAACUGCUUGGCUGCAUGGAUGGCUGUGAGAGAAGCGGUAGAAUGGGGGGAAGAACUUCUGGACAUCUGAUUUAGUUUAGCAGUGUGGGAAAAAUUCCUGACAAACUGGGAACCAAGGAGAAUAGCCUUAUUGACAGCACCUUCCUGGCUACAAGCAGUUACAGCGCUAUGCUACCCAUCAUUUAAUCAAGUUAACUUUUUUUUCUAUUGCUCUCAAGUCUGCAGGAAGCCUCUAAAUUCCAGCACAGGGUCCAGUUUCUAAUUCAAAACACACAACCCAUUUCCACACACAACACACAUUUUGAAGGUUGUUGUGAAAGAGGCUGUGACAUUUUGGUUACUGAGGCAGAAAAUCCAAAGGGUGUUUCCCACAGUGGUGAAAUAACAGAAGACAAUGAAAUUUAAAAAAAACACAAAAACUUGGUGAUGGGUGCCCUUUAUAGGUACUCCAGAGUCUGAUACCUGAGCCAGACUGUGCCAUCUUGUACCAGUAAAUAACCAUUGAGAGUCACCACCCAUAAGGAAUUAGGAGAAGAUUGACUUGAGCCCCAGCAUCUAAUUUCCUAGACAUUAAGCACUGUGUUAGAUGAUCAUGAUGUAUCUGUCACAAACCUACUGUGCUAAUAGCCAGUGGUGCAGUUAGGUAAUUUUAGCCUUUGGACUUACAGAGGGCUGAUCUUUAGAUGGUAAUGUGUAUAUGAUAAGUCAGCCCUGCUAGGUUUUACAUCCCCUCCAACAUUUGUCUGAUGAAAAUAGGGACGUUCUGAUCCAUUAUUAUUAUUAUUAUUAUUAUUAUUUACUGUUUAUACCAUUCCUCAUUACAUAUCUAUUUUUAUAGAGUUGCCAUUUGAAAAUCAUUACACAUUUGCCUGGGAGUAAGGCCCACAGAACUCUGAGUUCUGUGUAUAUACUGUAACUUGUUAAUAUAUCAAUCAACUGAAUUUGCCUCUCAAUUUAUUGGAACAGGUGAAAUUGAAAGGCAAUUCAAUUGUGUUAACAUCAGAGAGCUAUUAGCUCUCCUUGUUGACGCGCCAAGUUUUUCAAAAAGGGGGAAAUAUUCUAUAUUCCCAAGGAAAGUAAAAUAGAUUACCUUUCCUUUUGGCAAUGAAUGGAAACUUCUGUUGUGAGGUAUCUCAUAUGUAAGAGAAACUCUUUCUUUCAAUAUCCUCACAAAGACAGUUGUGGUUUUGAAGACUGGGGUUUUGAUGAUAUGCACAUUUUAUUUGCAUUUGAAUGAGUAUUUUGUGAUAUAAUCCAAAGCCAUAUGGUUAGUCAACCCCUGGCCACAAUCCUAAACACACUUAUUGUGGAGAAAAUUCCAUAGAAUUCAGGGGGAUUCAAUUCUGAGUAAACCUGUUUAGACGCAAGGCAUCAUAUCUGUAAUUUUGCAUACAGUUAAGUCUCCCUAAAUCCCAUCAAUUCCAAUUGGGUUUAAACAGCUUAAUUGGGGAGAUGGAAUGGCAGCCUAGAGUUUUAAUCAGUUGACAACCUUUGAUACAUGGUAGAGACAUUUUGUAAUUUAUUUAUUUUUUUAAGACAGGUCAUGGGCCGUUAUGGUGCUGCCAUAGAAACAGAUGGAAAUGCAUUUGAAACGAUUAGGGACUGCAAACCACAGGCCAGAGGAACUGGGGCCAUAAAAUUGGAGAGAGAGCAUGAAACAUAAAGCAGUUCAAUAUUUAUGCUUUGUACAAACCAGAUGGUGCAGUAACUGGAAUACUUAAUACCAAGUCCUCAUAUGAUGACUUCUGCAAGGUCAACCAAGGAUUGCUAACGAUUGCUGCCCUCACAUGACAUUCAACUCUGCAUGCUACAGCAUUCAUUCUCUCUAAACAGCACUGGCUGAGUAAAUCCAGAGCCCUUUCUGAUAAAAUAACAGGUGUGUCAAAUGUCUCCAGUGUGGUGUAGUGGUUAAGAGCGGUAGACUUGUAAUCUGGGGAACUGGGUUUGCGUCUCCGCUCCUCCACAUGCAGCUGCUGGGUGACCUUGGGGCCAGUCACACUUCUCUGAAGUCUCUCAGCCCCACUCACCUCACAGAGUGUUUGUUGUGGGGGAGGAACGGAAAGGAGAAUGUUAGCCGCUUUGAGACUCCUUUGGGUAGUGAUAAAGCAGGAUAUCAAAUCCAAACUACUCUACUCUACUCUCCCAGAGCAGCUAACAUAAGAUGAGUGCAAGAUCAACUAGAUAGUUCUUGCCUGUAGACUUAUCAUCUAAGAGAAAUGAUGCAAAAGGAAAGGGGAAGGUGGAGGGAAGAGAAACAAGCAAGCUUGGCCCCCAGCUCUAAUAUUUCAAAAUUCAUAUAAAGACGAUGGAACUGAGAGAGUUGAGAGGGAGAAGGAGCCAAAAGGAGCUGAUCUUUCUGCAGACCCAACAGAAUGGUCCUGUCCCUCCUUCUCUUUCUCUGUUGUAGCCAGGUGGCAACUGCAUGUGACUGAUGUCAUGCAUAGUUUAAGUCCAGAUCACAACGCCCAGCAAAUAUGUCAAGUUAUGAGUCAAGCCACAAGGACAUGUGAAAGCACCCAGAGGGUGGGAGAAGAAUUAUAGAUCCCAAAAUGAGGAUUAAAAGGAAGCCAGUGAGUGCAAGAGAAUUAUUCUCUUGCUGUCACAAUGCAUAAUAUGAGAAAGAGUUUCAUGAAAUCACCACUGAUGAAUUUGGCUCACAGAGCAAAAACGCCCUUUGAAAUUUGGCUUUCUACGCAGUCAGCAAUUUAAUCUGGAGACUAAUGAAGUACAAUCACUCCUCUUAUGACACUUGUUUUUUUCUCUUUCCUUCUCGGUCUCUUGUUGAGGUUCAGGUUUGAUGAAUCCAAAUUAACUCUGCCAAAACCACUAAUACCACCUUUCACGUUUAAUUCUGGGAAAAAUCACUAUGUGUCUCAUCCAAUUUGAGUGAAAGAAACCAUGAAUAGCUUCAGGUUUGCUAGGUGUAUCCUGAAGAUUCAAACUCUACUGACCUAUCGUUAACCUUCUCUGCAUUUCUAGUUAAUAACAAACAGCACUCUUAGUACCUACAAAUAAAUCUUCAGUAAGCUGUGCCAACUGAAGAAUCUUGCAGCCUCACAAACCAGAACAUUAAACUAGCAGAGUCAAGAAAGCCCUGUUAAUUUAAGGAGAAGGCUAUCACAUCAUGGCCUUUUUCUCAAGUCCAUACUGAGAUAAUUAAGAAAUAAAACUAAAGAUAUAUUUAUCUAAAUACAAAUAAUUUCAUGGAAUAGGGUGGCUAAAUUAAUUACAUUAUAUAAAUAAUUAUAGUGCUUCUGCCGCACUAUAAUAUCUGUAGGUUUUUAAAUAAAUAUAUCACAAAGACACUCAAACAGUGCAAUUCUAACCAUGCCUACUCAGAAUGUUAAGUCCUACUGAAUUCAGUGAGGUUUACUCCCAGGUAAGUGAGGUUUGGGUUGCAGCAUUGGUCUCUGGUACUCUGGGAUGCCUGCCUUGAAUUUCUGACUGCUCCUGGAAAGGAAAGUAUGAAAUCAUGAGGAAUGAUUUUCUAAAGUCCUGUGACCAUUCUAGGCUUUGGCUGUUCCCCAAACAUUUACAAUCAGAAAGGGAUUAUCUACUGCAUUGGUUUUCCUCAGCCUUGACCCUAUCAUACAAUUGAUUUCAUGGUUUGCUGCACAAUGGAGCAGAGCUAAGAGACAAGAAGACAGGUGUGGGAGGAGGCUAAAUGCUGGACCAAUGUCAAUAUUCCAUUUCUGAAGACUUCCUGAGUAUCCCUUUUCUUGAAAACCUGUACAACAAAGCAAAACACUUGCAUUGCAUAGUAUUGAUGCAGGAUCAUCAGUUGCAAACUCUCUCAUGGGCCCCUGCUCUGGUUACACAAGGUGGUCUGUUGAAUAUUUUGUACACUAUCACCAUGGCAUCUCUUGUAGUACACUGUAAUAAAAUAAUAUCUGAAUGCCAAAUCUGUGAUUUUCUGGAGCAGCUGCCCAUAGUGACAUGACGUUGGCCGAUGAUCAACCCAGACUGAACCAGCUUUUUAAAUUUCAGAGCUGUUUCAUGUUACAAAUGGUUGUUGGCUACAGUUCUUCUGAUAUGGGCAAAUCUGUGCUUAUCUCAGGAGUUUGGCAUAGCAUUCAGUGAUUAAAUGUAAUUCUGAACGCUGAACAGCCUGGACUAAAUAAUUACCACAUUUUUUUCUGUCUCUUGAAAUAUUUUUCCUCCAUUCAUGCAGUUGUCUACAGCUAUCUUUACAACAUAGAUUCAGGUGGAAUUGAGUGUUAGGAAGGAGCUGUUGUGAAGAUGAACAGAAAACAAUAAUUUCAAACCACUCAUAGAAUGACAUUUUAAGAGUGCUUUGGCUAGCUGAUACCUUUUCAACCAACAGGAUGCACCCUAUGAAGGGUGAGACUCUGCCAACCCUUCUCUAGAACAUGAAGGUAGCAGGCAGCAUAACAGUAAUCCUGUGGGAACAAGUCUGUGUUUAUCCUGGGAAGCAUGUCAAAGGGAGUUGCAUAUAGCCAGUUCUGAUGCCAACCCCAAGGGCACUAUCAAUGCAAGCCACACUCCUAUGCAAGCCAUGGAUAGAGGGAUGAUAGAUAGAUAGAUAGAUAGAUAGAUAGAUAGAUAGAUAGAUAGAUAGAUAGAUGAUAGAUGAUAGAUGAUAGAUGAUAGAUGAUAGAUAGAUAUUUGUGUAUCAGAAGGAGAGCAUGGCAGUAUGUUGUUUUCAUCUGAGACUUAUGAGAGAAGGAGAAAGGCGUGUCGGUUGGAGACUGGCUGGUUGGCUUUUAGCAGCUCAAAUGAACCCAGGGUUGACACACAACGGAGACUGAGAUUUCAAUCUGUGUUGGUCUCCCAGAUGAGAGCAACCACAGAGACAGCUAAAGCCAAGAGGUCUGCCCAACCUGGUUUAUGAUGCAAGGGGGCUUUGAGCCAAUCACUAGAGCUCUUUGACCUUUGCUCCUCCACCCCCUUGUAAGAACAUAAGAAGAGCCUCCUGGAUUACGUCAAUGGCUCAUCUAGUCCAGCAUCCUGCUCUCACACUGGCCACCCAGAUGCCUAUGGAAAACCCUUAAGCAGGGCCUGAGCAAAACAGCACUCUCGCCUCCUAUGACUUCCAGGAACUGGUAUGCAGAAGCAAAAGGACAUGAGUGGUGCUGUGGUCUAAACCACUGAGCCUCUUGGGCUUGCCGAUCGGAAGCUCGGUGGUUCGAAUCCCUGCGACGGUGUGAGCUGCCGUUGCUCUGUCCCAGCUUCUGCCAACCUAGCAGUUCAAAAGCACACCAGUGCAAGUAGAUAAAUAGGUACCACUGCAGCAGGAAGGUAAAUGGCAUUUCCGUGCGCUCCGACACUCGUCCCGGUGUCCCAUUGUGCCAGAAGUGGUUUAGUCAUGCUGGCCAAGUGACCCGGAAAACUGUCUGUGGACAAAUGCCUGCUCCCUCGGCCUGAAGUGAGAUGAACGUUGCACCUCAUAGUCACCUUUGACUGGACUUAACCGUCCAGGGGUCCUUUACCCUUUUUUUUACCUUAUGCAGAUGCAUUACUGUCUCUGACCAUGAAGGCAGAGCAUAGGCAUCAUGGUUAGCAGUCAUCAAUAGCCUUACUCUCCAGCUUUAUCCUCCUCACUAUCACCAGCCAUACAUCCUCUCCCUCUGGCCCAUGUGCGAGUUCUCUCUCUCUCUCUUUCCAGAAAAGCUGUGCAUUUUAAGAGCAUUGGCUGUGAUUACUUUUUCAUAUGUCAUGGUUCAAGCAAAAUCAUAAUAUAGGCCAAGCAAUCACACUUUUUUUAAAAUAAGCAAAAUAAUUUGUAGUUUGGGCACACCUGCCUGCCUGCCUGCCUGAUACAUUAAUUGUGCACUACAACAGCAACAGUGACUAUGUUCAGGUGAUCAUCUAAACCAUAAUAUAAAUUAAUGCAAAUAAAUGGUGGCAAUCCUUGGGCUCACACUCUCACUAUCCUAUCUUAUCCUCCUCAAGCAUAAGCUCUUUCACUUUUUAAAAUAACUAAAUCAGUUUCCUGUUACAAAUGAACUUGGAAAACUGGUUUAUUCUAAUUCUAGCCACUUAAAAAAGCAGGGUAUCGAACCACAGUAAAGGUUUGUUAAAAGUCCAGACUCUACCAUAUAUCCUUUGUGAGGAAGAAACUACAAGGGAAAGCUGUAACCUUUUCUUUGUUUUAAUCUGUGAAAAUGCUUGCUUUUGCUAUCUUUUCAUUUGCUUUGUGAAAUACUGCAUUAUUAGUGCCUAAUAUGAAAUUUAAACUUCAGAGGGAGAUAAAAAUUCCCACGCCAGUUCCCUAUUUUAUCAUGUUGCAAGGAAGAAGGACAUAAACCAGGUUACCUCUGAUUUAUAGAACUGCUUGCGAAAGUCAGCAGAUAGUUCGAGAAAUGGGAUGUAUUGUAUUAUCCUCAACCUUUCUUGUCAGCUCAGAUGAAUGACUUCACGGUAGAUGAAAAGAGACCUGAAUACCUUUCUAUUCUGCUGGAGCAGAGUGUUAUUUUCCCCUUUAAACAAAGCAAGACAUGGACUAGGACUUUAGCAUCCUAUGAAAUGUAUAACAUUAAUGUAAGAUUUUAAGCUCAGUCCAACUGGCCCCAGAUCAAAGGCGCAGAGAGGAAUUUUGCCAGCUCUCUUUGUAAAAGGACCCUUUCUUCUGUGGGUGGGUGAGAAAACUUGCCUUGCCAGUCCAGCAAAAGAGGCUGCCUUUAAAACUGAAGGCUACAUUACAGCACAAUCUCUUGCAUGUUUUCCCAGAAAUAAGUCUCAUUCAGGCUUACUCCUAAGUAAAUGUGUUUGGGACUGCUGCUGCUGCUGCUGGAGGACAAGGGCUGUAGCUCCAGGGAAAGAGCUGUACCCUAACAUCCUCAACUAGGGUUGGAAGAAUGCCUUGUCAGACAUCCUAGACCACUGGUGCCAGUCAGUGUGUAAACAGAUACUGAUACAGAUACUGAGCUACUGGGGAGGUCCAAAAAAUAUCUACAUGGUGCCUAGGGAACAACUUGCACCUUAAUAUCAGCAAGACAAAGGAGAUGGUGUUUGACUUUCGGAGGAAGAGAGGAGAACUAGCCCCGCUGUACAUCGGGGAGGGCUGUGUGGAGAGAGUCUCUUCCUUUAAAUUCCUAGGAGUUUAUCUCAGUGAAGACCUUGCUUGGAAAAUAAAUACAACCCAGGUGGUUAAGAAAGCCCAACAGAGACUCCAUCUCCUCAGAGUCUUGCAGAAGAACAAUGUCAAUCAACAUCUGAUGAUCUCCUUCUACCGGUCAACAAUAGAAAGUGUCCUUUCAUACUGCAUCACGGUGUGGUAUGCUGGUUUGACAUCAUCUGAUAGGAAGUGCCUACAGACGGUAGUGAAUACAGCACAAUAUAUUAUGGGCUGUCCCGUGAAUCCACCGGAUGAAAUAGCAGAAGAAUGUUGCCUCAGGAGAGUGAGAAAAAUUCUCACGGAUGAUUCACCCCCUGGCCGGCACUUUCUUGAUCUCCUGCCCUGAGGCAGAAGAUAUAGAAGCAUGAUUAGUCGCACCAACAGGGUAAAGAACAGCUUCUAUCCGUGGGCUAUUAGGCUGCUGAAUGAAAAUAUAACAACAGGGCAACUGACUUUUGGGUUUGGUGGGUGUGCGCCAGUAAACGAGGGGAAUUAAGACUAAGAGAGCUGAGUGGGGGGUGUUCAUGAAAUCUCACUGUAUACAAGUUGUACAAGUGACAAUAAAGUAUUUCAAUUUCAAUUUACAUGGGCCACUAGGCUGACUCAGUGUGAUUUUAUCAUACUGGUUCUACAUUAAAGGCAGAUUUAGGGAAGCACUACUGGUUUGCCCUCACUGGGUGCCAAGCUGAGACAGGACCACAGGAAGUGCCACAAAAUGAAGUAGAAUGGAAGGUGAGAGGUGGGGGGACACCGCUGAAGUUUGAAAGCCCAAAGUCCAGGCUCAAUUCAAGGUGCUGGAGUUAAUCUUUAAAGGGGUUAAUGGCUUGCGACUUGGUGCUGAAGGAACCACCUUUUCCCCUGUGUUCUUCCUUGCAUUCUCUGAUUGCCAUCUCAGGCCCUGUUCCAAACCCAUAAACCUCAGGAAGCAAGAUUAGUGUCAACUAGGAAUAGGGUCUCCUAUGUUGUGGGGCCUGUCUUAUGGAAUUCCAUGUUCAGCGAGGUCUCUUAGGCCCCAUUGCUGUACUGCUUCAGUCAGUUGACGACAACCUUGCUUUCUUUUAAAGGCCUUUGCUUAUAUAGUAUUUGAUGGUUCAGUUCCAUAUUAUUUUUGCGCUGGUGGAGUUGUCAACUGGCUUGGAUAGUCUUAACUUAUUACUCUGAAUGCACAUUGGUGUAGGUUAAAAAAGUUAUACAUUUUUUUUCUCUUUUCACUACAAUUUGUUAACCACCCGGAGUCUCUUUGGAGAAAUAGGUGGAAUAUUUUUUUAAUAAUAAUAAUAUUUAAUCCCAAGCCACUGUUGUGAAUUCCAGAACCAUGUGCAUGGGUCCAGUUGCAUGGGCCUUUCCAACCUGAUGCUCAGGUGAUAUAUCUGGUGGGAUACAUCCAUGCAAGUGAUUGUUGCCAUCAAUAACAUGGUUUUGGCAUCAGCAUGAGAUCACAAUAUGGAGGAGUGCUGCCAUGCCACAAGGGACUAAUGUGAAUGGGUCCUCAAUGUACUACAUUUGAACAUACAGUGGUACCUUGGGUUACAUACGCUUCGGGUUACAUACACUUCAGGUUACAGACUCCGCCAACCCAGAAAUAUUACCUCGGGUUAAGAACUUUGCUUCAGGAUGAGAACAAAAAAUUGUGCUCUGGUGGCACGGCAGCAGCAGGAGGCCCCAUUAGCUAAAGUGGUGCUUCAGGUUAAGAACAGUUUCAGGUUAAGAAUGGACCUCCGGAACGAAUUAAGUACUUAACCUGAGGUACCACUGUAAAUUGAAGAAAAUGAGCUCUUCAUACGUGAGCUUUAAAAUGUAUUGCGUCAACAUUUCAUAGUAACUGAUGCGUUAAGCAACCACAUGCUUCCAAUGAGGUUAUUAAGACCCUCAAGAAGGUUAUAUUAACGGGGCAAUUUGCUUUGCUUAUUGAUUAUUUACAGUGGUGCCUCACAAGACGAAAUUAAUCCGUUCCGCGAGUCUCUUCGUCUUGCGGUUUUUUCGUCUUGCGAAGCACGGCUAUUAGCGGCUUAGCGGCUAUUAACGGCUUAGCGGCUAUUAGCGGCGUUAAGAAAAAGGAAACAAACUCGCAAGAACUCGCAAGACGUUUCGUCUUGCGAAGCAAGCCCAUAGGGAAAUUCGUCUUGCGGAACGACUCAAAAAACGCAAAACCCUUUCGUCUAGCGAGUUUUGCGGGGCACCACUGUAUUCCCUUGGUGUCACUCACUUCCUCUAAGGAGCUCUGGGCAGCAUAAAUGGGGUUUUCCUAUUUUAUCCUUGCAAGAAACCUGAGCAGUAGGUUAGGCUGAGUUACUGGCUCGAGGUCAUCUAAUGAUCAGAGAGGGAACAGAACCCAGGUGUCCCUGGUCCAGGUCCAACACACCUGCUUCCUGCCAGUAUGCCCAAGCUGCCCUUGAGCCAGAGUGCCUGAAAAUAAGACAACACAAAGUCAUCAGGACUCCCUCUGUGCCAGGAAACUAACCCUUUGGUGGGUACUCGUGCAACUUCCUUUCACUUAAGAAAAUAGGGAACAUAAUGGGAAACCAGAGCUAUUACAACCCCUUUUGAGUGGCUUCUAAAUUGCCACUGAGAGGAGUAUAUUUCAGCAAGUAGCACAUUUCUUUAAAUUUCUCUCUAAUCCUGCCUGGAGAAUGGCCCCCUGAAUAAAUUCAUGCAUAAUCCAUCACAGUAUAGUUUCCCACCCCCACCCCCCAAAAAAAUGCUUAUCGAAGCCUUCCUCAGCCUGCUGUGCUCAAGACAUUUUGGACCUCCGCUUCCAUUGACUCUGGUCAUUGGCCAGCCUGACUGGGGCUGAUGGGAAUUGUAAUCUGAAACAUCUGGAGGGCACCAGGUUGGAGAAGAUUGGCUUGUUUUGGUUUCUCUCCAUUUCUUUUUCCAAACUUUUAUCCUGUUCUCUGCAUUUCUGCAUCAAUUUACAAUUUUUUUAAAAAAAUCCUCCUGAAAAUUCAUCAGUGUAUUAAUACACAUUUAUCCCAAUUUUAUGCAUUUUUGCCUAAAUAUCCACAUUUUUGCAAUCAUUUUUGACUGUUGCAAUACCUUUUAUGUUAGUCUACCUAAAACAGGCAUUUUAUGAACAGUUUUCCAUAAAUAUGCAUUUAUGCUCACAUUAUUUGGAUAAAGAAUUGAAUUGCAAAAUUCAGGGAAAUGUGAUUUCAAAGCAUAGUUGCAUGUUGGGUUUGUGUAUUGUUCUGGCAAGUGUGAAUUAGCUAGAUACCCAUUAAAAUGUGAACUGAACUGAAUUUCUCUCCCUUUCCUACUUAUGGAGUAAUUUCUGAAAGCAAAGCAAUGUCUACCAAGUGUUACAUCAGAACCAGCACUUUAUUUAAAUAUAGGAAUGCCAAAAAAACCUCUGCUAGCGCGUGCCCAACCUAGUUCCUACAUUUAUAGUAAUCAGAAGUGACAUUCUUAAUAUCAAUAUACGAAUCCUGUUUCAGGUCUUUAGCUUAGGAAAAUAUGUGUUGUGCAGAGUCUUUUCCAGAAAACCAUACAGUCUAGAGCUUCUUCUUUGUCACAUGUAUUAUAUGACAUUUAAAGUUGAUGAAACCAUCUGUAAAUAAUCUGAAUUGAUGAAAUGUUGGGUGCAUAGAGAAAGGGGCAGGAAAUGUCAAGUUUAAGCUGCAAACAGGUCAGAGGACCAAAAAAAGGCACAUUCAGGAACAUUCAUAAGAGACAAAGACCUUUGCAUGAUUAUGGCGACACAGGAACAGAGUAUAAUCACAGAUGAAUGAUAUCCCUUUCAGUGUCCUGCUCAAAAUUUUCUGCAUACUUUCGUUUUUAUGGGUAUAAUUCUUAGGUUUUUAUGAAUACAUUUACUAGCUGCUUAACCCUGCAAUAUACUGUGUGGAAAAGUAAUAAAUGCAAAAGAUUUGUUUUAAGGCAUGGUGUAAUAGUCAAAUAAAAACCAAAAUACUUCACAAUGUACUUGACUUGGUGAUUGCAGACCUACAUUUUUGAGUGCCUUGGUCCACAUCCUCAGUAUGAGCAAAUUCAAAGCACAGUCUUUUCCAUACUACAUGUGCAGCACCCACCUGUGUGCGCAGCCCUGCAUAUGUGAAGAGGUGCCCCAUAGUCUUGCACUCAGCCCUUCCUUGGCCCCUGCCUGCUUCAGCCAGCAGACUGCACUGCCACCAUGUGAAGCAUUUGGGCAUCUUAAAGAAUGUGAGGCCCACCCACACCCCAGUUACACUUGUCGACACCGCUCCAUUCCCCCGGUAUGCAGCAUAAUCAUAGCUGUGGCGCACACAGUUCUAACUCCUUGCUAUUUCCCAGCAGACUGCUGCCUCUGGUGGCUGCUUGGCUAUGUCUGAUGGUAGGACUAGCCCUGAGAUCAAGUCACACUUGGUAGUUGUCAGGAGUUCAUCCUACACUCGAGUAGGACCCUGGCAGAGACACAUGCCCGACUGGCAUGUUCUCUCCCUCCUGGUCGUUCGUUCGGGAGCUUCAAAAGCUUUCUUCUGCUCGAACAUCACAGCAACCAAUGCCAACAGACAUCAGCACACUUAGGGAUCUGCAGAGUCUUCGCAGCUUGCGUAACAGACCUCAGCGUAACAGACCUCAGCAACUCAGCAUUUUGGCUAAUCUACUUUAUUUACAUAUAAACACACAUGGAGCAUUGCAACAUGGCUCUCUCUCUACCAUCAGACAGCAAAGAGAAUGAAUAUAGGACAAUAGUCCCAUUUCAUGGAACACAGUAACACAAACAUUCCCACUUUGUGGAGUCAAAACAUACACCAUCAUGUGAAAGACUGCAAUCACGGAGCAGGAAUUCUAACAGUAGCAUGGCAUCAUACUAUCACUUGCCAGAGUGGUGCAUGCUCUAGUUAUCUCCCACUUGGACUACUGCUCUACAUGGGGCUACCUUUGAAAGUGACCCAGAAACUACAAUUAAUCCAGAAUGCAGUAGCUAGACUGGUGACUGGGAGCGGCCGCCAAGACCAUAUAACACCUGUUAUGAAAGACCUACCUGGGCUCCCAGUACAUUUCUGAGCACAAUUCAAUUCAAAGUGUUGGUGCUGACCUUUAAAGCCCUAAACGGCCCAGUCUCCACCCAUAUUGUUCAGCUCGGACACUGAGGUCCAGCUCCGAGGGCCUUCUGGUGGUUCCCUCACUGCGAGAAGUGAGGUUACAGGGAACCAGGCAGAGGGCCUUCUUGGUAGCGGCACCCACCCUGAGGAAUGCCCUCCCAUCAGAUGUCAAGGAAAUAAAAAACUAUCUGACUUUUAGAAGACAUCUGAAGGCAACCCUGUUUUGGGAAGUUUUUAAUGUUUGAUGUUUUAUUGUGUUUUUAAUAUCCUGUUGGAAGCCGCCCAGAGUGGCCAAGGAGGCCCAGCCAGAUGGGUGGGGUAUAAGUAAUUUAUAAGUAAUAAAUUAUUAUUAUUAUCAUCAUCAUCAUCAUCAUCAUCAUCAUCAUGACUCGUGGGCAAGGAAUGUCUACAAUAAAUCAGUGAGAAGCACUUUUACAUGUUCAUUGGGAGGGGAAGAACCAUGUCCUUAAACAUGCAUAAACUAGAGCACAUUUUCCUGGGAUUCACCUGAUUCUAACAAUAAUUAGCCAUUUUCAGAUAUUCAGCAUGUAUUCAAUUAACACAUUGUGGGGUGGGGAGACAGUGUCUACCCAAACCUGCACACAUUCCUUUUGAUAACUGAAAAGCUGUACAUGUGGAAAGCUCUUCUCUACAUAUUUUGGAAACCUUGGAAAAGCAGACGUGUCCUUCUGUGUGUGCGUGUUGCCAUCUGAAAAUGUACAUUGCAAGUAGAGUCUGGGUUUUGAUAUUUGGUUCAUCUUAUGAACGUUCUUUGGCAAUCAGCAAAAGGACUGGGACUCAGUCUUGAGGGGGCAAGCUUUGGAAAUCAAAUUCCAAAGGAUGGUGUAACUUCACUGUGACUGAGGCAGUGUUUGUCAAGUCACCACAAGACUUACUUCUGAGCAAGCAUGCAUGAGAGGAAUGUGCAGUGUAGCGGUCCAGCUCCAAGAUCUGCAGCACUUUCUCGGUGUGGGCUGAGAGAAGCCACAGAAUUAACUGAUAUUCAUCUAGCCUCUCUGCUCCAACCAUGAGAGGCAGGAUCUCACCAGCAUUUGGGCAUGCAUGCCCGACACACACGUAGAAAUACAAGGCUUCUAUAUGGAAUUCCUGAGUAUUUGGUAUAAGACCAAAAUGUUUUGAGUAGAAUGCUUUGCUUCUUCCAAGGGAGUAUACUUCCUUUUUCCUCUAGACAUGGAAUGUAUAGAAAAAUAUGUGAGGGAAAGCCUGUGAGGUUUCCUGUUCUAUAUGCAGGAAUGCAUAUAGCAUAGCAAACAAUAUGGCCUGUAUUUAUUAUGGUGAAAAUAGAAUUUGGUAUUACAGUAAAAUUGUACAGUUGUGACACAAAUCCUGCAAUGAAAAUUUGUGGGUCUGGAGCAUUGCUGGCUGCAAGAUGUGGAGAGAGUUGGCAUAUUGCAAGUUUAUUUUUAUUAGCACACAUGCAGAUACAAUCUAUCUAUCUAUCUAUCUAUCUAAUAUUUUUACAUCAAGUUUCAUUACAAAAAUAUCAGUGCAUAACUGCCCUUGAUUUGUACUGUGCAUGAAAUGGAAAGAGAAUUUUAUAACAAAAAAUCCAUAAAACAGUUUUUAUUUAUGAAUAUUUAGAAUAAAAUAUUCUUCCUUUUCCAAGUCAUUUGAUCCACAGAUAGUUUUAUACAACGUUAUCCAUGAUCAGAAAUGUUACCCAUAAUCAAAAAAGAGUAAAUGCAUCAACCACAAAAAGAGAGCAAAAGAGGAGACAGAUUUACAUAAAAUUGUCCCUGCUCCCACCCCAAAACAUGCAAAUAGAGGCUCUUACUUUUAAGUAAGAAAGAAAUCAUUAUUCAAGUGAAUACUGUUAGAGGUUCAGCAACAGACACAAGGUUCAGGAGCCAUAGUGCAGGAGUUUAAGAACAGGUCAAGCAGUUCUGAACUGGAUGGAAGCAACAAAUAUGUCCCAAUAAGUUUCCACACCCCACCCGCCAACCUUUUAAAGAUGAGGCAUUGUGCUCUCUCUCUCAAUUUGAUGCAAGACCACACCCUCUUGGUUUGGUGCCUGUCCAAUAUGUAUAUAAUGACUGUAAGUUGUAUAGAGAUGCACCUCAUCAUAAUGGGGAAGACAGGGACCAGACCAGGUAACUUGUCAACUUGCAGUAUAUAGGCUGGUCUCCACAACCUGGUCUUCCAUCUUAUGGUUGCUUAUAUUGAAAGUGGAUGUGGACCAGACAGACUUUCAAAGGGAGAACUUCAAAUCCUGGCUGGCCCAGGGCAUUUUUCUGCCUCUGGUAGAGCAGCAGGUGGUGCCUGCCCCCAGCCCAAAUGAAGAUGAAAAGUUACUUUGGCACCUGGGGCAAAACAACAACAACUCUCAGAACCAUCUCUUCCCAGCAGGAAUAAUAACAACAGUAACAAACAGGAAUAGCUAGCAACGUGUCAUAUUUAAGAAUACCCAAAGUCUGUUGUCUGGGGUGGCUGUCUCACCCUACGCCACAGCAGAGCCACCCUAGAUUCAAACAGAAGACUGUCCUAUGAGAGUUCUUCAAACAGACAACCGUCUUCUGUAAAACAGGGCACACAGCCACCUUCCACAGUGGCCCCACCACCUGCUUUCUGUGUCAGGAGAAACUCUGCACCCACCCUAUAGUGAAACUCUUGAGACCGGGGGUGGGGAAAACCAUGUCGUUGUCUCUAGCACUUGUUCCAGAGUUUAGGGGUAACCUUGAGAAAAUGGCUGCAGUGUGUAGACAUUAGAAGCUUGUGUGUAUGCAGGACAUCUUAGGAGUGGCUGUAAGUUUGCACUUUUGACAACAAUGAAUUACUAUCAGGCAUGUGCCUUCCUUUGCUGGGCUAGGGGGACUCAGGACAGUCAUUCCAUCCCCCCCCCCGUCCGAUAGCACUUAAAACAAUGCCCUUUUUCCAUUUACACAGUUUUCGAGCAGAAAAGUAUUUAAGAUGCAUGCAAUAUUCUUCUCAGUCAGUAAGUCGAGCCUUCGCAGUGAACAACCCAUUGAAGAGAGAAAACAGUGUGUUGUGGUUUUCUCCACCCAUCCCCCCCCCACUGCAAAUGUGUGUUUGCUGCCUAUUAUUGAAUGCUGUUUUGUUAAAUUAGGGAACAGAGAGUUUUUUAUUCUUUCCCAGAAGUGCCCUUUCAAAUUCUGUAAUUGCAUGUUCUAAUCCCCAGGAAGGGAGAGAAGAUCACUCGCGAUUGGACUCCAUGGUGCUACUCAUUCUUAAACUGGACCAGCUAGAUCAGGAUAUUGAGAACGCUCUCGGUUCAGCAUCCUCGCCUUCCAGCACGCUGACACACACACGGAGGCACAUACCUGUGAGCUUGCUUGUUUACUUAUCUUUUAUCCCAGUUGCAUAUUUACCUCUGCUGCUUCUUCCUCACCCUUCCCCUGAAUGUGUACACACCAUGCACUCAAAGUGCAUGUAAAGCACAUCCCCGCCAGCAAAGAAACAUGGGAACUGUAGCAGAUCCCUCACAGAGCUAUAAUUCCCAGCACCCUUAACAAAGCACAGUUCCCAGGAUUCCUGAGAGAGGGGUGUGCUUCAAAUGUAUUUUAAAUGUGUGUGCAGCCUCUCCCUCUUUUUCCUACUCUUGUUGGUCUUUCUGUUUCAGCACAUGUAAUUUCUCCUUUAUAAAAAAAUAAAAGGUGUGUAUGUAUGUGUGUUUGUGUGUGUCUGUGUAAUGUUCCAUUUCCUAGCCUCCAGCUACUCAUUUAUUCCUUCUUGGCCUCUCUCCACUCUGGGAGAGUUAUAAGAACUACUAAAACCAAAGCAAGUGAAGGGUACAAAAUUCAAAAGAUAUUGGACUCCCCUGUCCCCUGCCAAGCUUCUCUGUGUGUUUUUUAAAGGCAAUCAGACUGGGGUUAGAGUCGUGCCAGCACAAUGGGCUGAUGCAAUGGGUGCUGAAUUUGCAAGAGAAAGUGCUGAAAUGUUGUGUUUUUUAUUGGGUCCACAUUUCGGUAAGACCCAGCGCCCCAGGCAAGGAGGCAUUUAUGGGCUGCUUACAAAUUCUGCCUCGGUUAAAAUAAUAUUCUGACAACAAAGCAUUGUUUGUCUUUUUUUAGAUAGUUUUAUGUUGUGAUAUUGGAAAGGAUGAGGUAAAACACUAUUCUGGCAAUACACACAGAGACACAUGCACUUUUAGGGACAAAGUCCUCUUUUUUUUUUUUUACAACUCCCCUUCAUUUCAGUGAUUCUGGUAUGGAAAAUAUAGUGUUGUGUUGUGCGUUGUUCACUAAAAUUGCAAACCAAUGCCCACUUGGGACGCGGGUGGCACUGUGGUCUAAACCACAGAGCCUCUUGGACUUGUCGAUCAGAAGGUCGGCAGUUCGAAUCCCUGCGAUGGAGUGAGCUCCCGUUGCUCGGUCCCUGCUCCUGCUCACCUAGCAGUUCAAAAGCACAUCAAAGUGCAAGUAGAUAAAUAGGUACCACUCUGGCGGGAAGGUAAACGGUGUUUCCAUGCGCUGCUCUGAUUCGCCAGAAACGGCUUAGUCAUGCUGGCCACAUGACCUGGAAAAACUGUCUGUGGACAAACGCUGGCUCCCUCGGCCAGUAAAGCGAGAUGAGCGCCGCAACCCCAGAGUCGUCCGCGACUGGACUUAUCUGACCGGGUCCUUUACCUUUACCUUUUAUGCCCACUUAAUGAAGAGUAAGCCUUAUUGAACUCAGUGGGACUUUUGAGUAAAUGUGUAUGGGACUGCCCUGCAUGUUAUUUUUACCCUUUAUUUUGUUUAUCCCUGAAAUAAGCUGGAUUUUCAAAAAAAAAAAUCACAGUAGUGGCAUGUGGUAACUGAAUUUAUGAGAUUUGCUAAGCCACUGCUAUAUAUAGAUAUAUUGCAAUGAGAUGGGAACAAGUUGGUAGAUGUACUGUGGCAUUUCAGACGGCAGGUGGAAAUCACCUUUUUAAAAAAAUAAAAAUGAUGCCAUUGACAGAAAAUUCCUUGCAAGUAGAAAACUAGGGAGGGGGUUGGGCUAAAACUUGUCCUCCUCGUGUGCUAGGAUUUUUUGCUCACUUUUUUUUCAAAAUGGGUUAACAGUCAAAAAAUAAACAUGAAAUCCGUAUUUCCAGUCUAAGGUGGCAGAAUCCAUUCUACCGCUUCCUGCUACAUUUAUAGACCCAUCAUCAGACUUAUCUGGGGCUCCUUAAUAAGAAUAUUAGUAGCAAUAUUAUUGUAUAUUAUAUCAUUAUAUUAUUAUAUUUAUAUUAUACUAAUUUGUAUACUGCCCUGUAUCCAUAUGUCUCAGGGCAGUUCACAACACAAAGUUACAAUGUACGAAAAACAAAAUACAUAAUAAAAUUAAUCAAAAUAAAAACAAUAAAAACUUUAAAAUAAACAGGUGAUAGACAAGCUUCGCUGAAAAACAUCUUGCCUAGAUCUAUUGAUCGUCCUCUUAAUGUGCGCUCAUAAACGAGAAUCAGAUAGGUUGUUGACUGAAGUCUCACUUUAUGCUGAGCAAUAGGCCUGGCCAUUGUGCUAUGGAAACUUCAUGCUGAAAUCAUUUCAGCAUGCAGAGGUCCUUAGGUGGACCGCUUGAUGUGGAAAGGAUUCUUUGAAUGUGGGAAAUGAAAAUCAAACCAACCAACCACUGAAUUAUAUAAAGGCAGUUUAUAUGCUUAGUUGUUUUCCAUAGGAAUUUGUUGUGCAUAACUACAUACUGAAUUGUGGCCUCCUCUGUAAAUCAAGGAUGGGGAAUCUGUGGCCUUCCAGGUGUUAUUGGACUACAACUCCCCCCAUCCCUGAUCAUUGGUCAUGAUAUCCGGGGCUGAUGGAAGUUUGAGUCCACACAUUCCUCAGCCCCGUUGCAAAUAUUACAAAGAGUUUGAAGCAUUGAGACAUGCAUAGGGGUGGGAGGGAAAUUUGAUUCGGUCUGCAUUAAUUAGUGAACCUACCUGAUUCACAAUUUCUGAAACAAUAUGCAAACCGAAACACAGAUACCCUUUGAAAUUCACACUUCUCUGAAUUUUGCAAUACAGUUCUCCAGUCAAGUAACUUGUAGAAAGGGGCAUAGGGCAAAGUGUGUAUUUAUUAGUGAAAGCAAUGUACUCAAAAUGCAUUUUAUAAAGGAAAACUGCUUUGCAACAAUGUGUCUGUUAGGCAAAAGUGUGUACAGAGGCAAUUUUAGGGGAAUUAGAAGAAAUAUGCACUAAAAAGCUGUUGGGAUUUCAUAAGGACAUUUUAUUUUUUUUAAGCAGACUGAUGGAGAAAUGUGAGGAACUGAACUUAAGAAUGGAAAAAAUAAAAAUUGAGAUAAACUAAAAUUGACGGAUUCCCCUAUCGCUAGACAUGUUACCAAGUUUUUGUUUACACUGUAAGUUUUAAGAAACCACAAGAGGUUUCACCUGCACAAGGGUUCAAAUGAUGAUAUCACUCCAGCUGCAUAACAAUUUCCACAUGGUGCUGGAGGUAUCAGAUGCUUCCAGAGACAAAGGUGCGGACAUAAUCUGAGGUGUACAGGAAAUACAAGGAGAAAACAUGCCAGACUUCUGAAAAAACCUGGCUCCUAAACAAAGGAUUUUUUUUAUAAAAAACACAAAAUGCCCCUUUAGGGUGUUGCAGCUUUGAUCUCAAGGUAUAUUACAGUGUCAGGGAACAGCAGUGAUUAGAUCAUCAUUAUUUCUUAGAACAAGAAUGUAUAGGAAUGUAGAGAAAGUUGCAAACUUUUUUAUAAACAACAACACCAAUGUGUGAUUUAAUGUAUUUCCUCUAGGUAAUAGAAUGGUAGCCACCUAAGGAAUAUGCACAUCCCUUAAAGAGAUUUGUCCUUCUUUUCUUUAAAAAGGAUUUGGAAUUGCAUCCUGAUUCUAGAGUGGACAUUGCUAUACUGAGCCACCAGCAAGCAAACAUACCACCCCCACCCUCUCCACCUCUUCCACCGCCCUAUGUUGCUGAUCGAGCAUUUUCCACACCAAUGACUGGUUCUGGAGCUAAACCAAAGGCUGGGGUGAGUCUUAAAAUUAUUCUGAUAUGGUAGCAUUGGUUUUUGUAUGGGGAGAAUUGGGAGAACAAGUAGCCAAGCCCUGCUGCCUUUGGAAUGUGGAUUGCCAUCAAGAUCUUACAAGGUUCAGUCACAUUUGCUAUUUUGCAGGGGAGAAGUUCCAGGGAUGAUCCCGGUGAAAGCUGAAAUUGAGUGCUUCUAAGUUGGGGGGUGGUCAUGGGAAGGCAACUUCCUCAUUUCAGCAGUUUCAUGAGAUGCUCCUUGCAGUGUCUGGUCAGAGAAGACCAGAACAUGAGACCUGCUGACAGAGAAGGUGGGUCUGCCAGCAGAUCCUCCCAGUGGGAGUCCUCCUCCCUAGUAAGGGAGAAAAAUGUUUAGCCUGCCAAUUCACAUGGCAGACCUAAGGUCAAACUGCAUGUGAUGUGAAUGGCCUGUACUGUGCCUGUGUCUUUCCCCUCCCUUGCUUAUAGCAUUUCCGGGAGAGAUUUGCAUUGGAGAACUGCUGCAGGGGCAAUGGGUAAAGCUUGCUGCAACCCAAAUUUCUAUCACGCAGAGAGCUGCUUGUAGGACUGAGGUGGGAAACCUGUGCCCCUCCAGAAAUUGUUGAUCUCCAGCUCCCAUGACCCCAGCCAACAUGGCCAAUGAUCAGGGAUAAUGAAAGCUGUAGUCCCACAACAUCUGGAAGGCCACACAGUUUUGUUUUAGGAGAUCAAAUAUGAUGGGAGAUCUCAAGUAGCAUGCAGCUGGCCCUGGGCCAGAAAUGUGUGAGCAGUUCUUCUGCUCUUUGGUCAGUGGUUCCCAACCUGUUUUUUGGCCAUGCCCCACCUAAGCAUCUCUGAAAUCCUGAUGCCCCCCAACCUGUGACAUAUAAUUCUUAUUAUUCAAAAAAGUGAACUCCUGUUCAUGUGGAGGAAGCCUAAAAGGCCAUUAACUGUUAAUAACUCAUUCUCAAAUUGCCCCCCCUUAAAAAUUAAAUUGUCCCCCUGUGGUGUGUGUGCCCCACGUUGGGAACCACGGGCCCAGGUGAAAUGGAACUGAGCAGCAGUGUGACAUCAAGAAGAAUAGAAGGCAAUGAUACUUUCUCCUCUUGGAAAAGACUUGGUGGCGUUCACAGAUGUGCAGUGACACUCAUCCAAAAUGAUUCAAUAGGGUUGGAUGUGACCAGUUGUGUUGCUCUUCGUUCAGCCAAGGAGCGCUGGUUCCAAAUGGUCUGGUUUCUGUUUAAAUCCAUUGGACGCAUUUCCCAACACUGUCAAAACUGCAUGCUUCAGCUGGCUAGCUGCGGAGGAUAUGUGUUGUGGAAUGUUAUCAUGUCAAACUGAGUAGUAGAGAACAAGGUGGAUUUUAUGCUUUGUGUGCCAGUGGGGUAUCUGUGUGGGUUACACAGGCCACAGCAAAAUGUGUGACGGAGGUGAACAAGGGGCUCCCCUUUGGACUAGGAACUCAACUGUUAGCGGAUGCUCCAUGUGACGAUUUCUUGAGUUUUCAAUUCUGAUAUACCACUUCCUGCCUUGUAAAACGAUAUUUUAGGGGUAAGGAUCUCUGGUGAUCAUGCAUGAUUAUACUUGAAUGCAUGCAUUAGUGGCUUUGGAUUCAUACAUAGAUAGAAGGUAUAUAAGAAGGUGCCUUAGACUGAGUCAGAUCUUUGCUCAUUCUAGACCAAUACUGUCUAAACUGACUGGUAGCUGCUCUGCAGGGAUUCAGACUCCCCCAGCCCUACCUGGAUAUAUUUGGGAUAGUACCUGGGACUUUGUGCAUCCAAAGCAAAUGCUCUACCAGCCACUGAGCUAUGGAUGGAUUCUUGGAAUUAGCAUCUCAGUAAUUUCCACCAUUAAAGAUUAUGGGAACCACUGAACCUGUGGAUUAAUUUCAGUCAAAUUCUAUGUGUGGAAAGCAUUUUUUUUAAAAAAAAGCUGUAGGCUGCAUUGGGCACUACCUUAACUUUGUACCAAGAGUUUUAUUACCUGUCAGGGGUGGCUUCUAACUGGGAUAUUUGGAAUAAGAUUACCGCAAGAGAAAUCUUUCUCAGAAUGUAUAGUUUUGUAUAUCUCACUGGCCAACUUGUAUUUCAUAUCUGCUCAUUGUUGUUAGAUUUUGUACAAAUUCUGAAGCCAGCCAAGGAUCAAUAAAAAUGGAUAAAAAUGCUUUAAAAAUAAUAACAUUAGGAGCAGUAAUGUACUAAGGUACCCAGCUAAGGAUAAAUUGGUUUGUAUUUCCUGGGUGAAAUGAGUAAGGACACUGAUGUUUGUUGGAUAGUGGAAGUCAAAAACUAAUCAAGUCCUAAGACUCAGCAGCGUUUAUUGCGGCUUUCAGUCAGAAGUGAAUUCAGAGUUAUAACUGUCCCAAAUUACCCUCAAUGUGAAAUUUAAGCAGAAAUAUAUGCGUCUCCCAUAGCAAAACCCAACUGGGGAAAAAUCAGGUCUACAGAAUCUCGUUAGUUCAGCCCAGUAGGAUGUUGUAGGCCACAUCAAGCAUGGGUUUCAUUAUUAAUUAAUUUGUUGCAUUUAUAUUCUGCUUUUCUUCCAUUAUGGAUUUUAUACCUGAAUGUAAACAUACAUAAGGAUUCCAGAUGGUCUCCCAUCCAGGCACUGCCAGACCCAUAUUUAGCUUCAGCAUGAUUUCUGCAUCAUAUAUCUUCAAGCUGACAUCCUAAGAUGUCAUUUGUUGGCAGAACUAGGAAUGAGGAAUGGAGAUGAAAGUUUGAGCAAGUUUCUUAAUGGAAAGUCCAAGGCUGCCCACGCUUUUUUAGUAUCAAACUCCAUGGUUCAGCCCAUCCCUAGGCUACUUGGGCCAAAACUCAUCUGCAAUUUAGAAUCCCAGCAGCCAAAAAACACUUGUUCCAAAUGAUCUGGUUUGUGUUUAAGUCAAUUGGAAGUUCUUUCCACCACUAUUGAAACCACUAAUCUGGCAUGUCUUAUUUAAUACCAUGCAAAAGUAAGUUGAGCCAGACAAUUCAGAUCAUGAAAAGAAACAAAAGGGGGGCUGGAAAGGGUUCAUCAAAAAAUUGGAUGUCCAUCAGUGGCUACCAGGUAAAUCAAGCAGAGCAUCAAUGUGGAAAUCUCUUAAUAGCAUCUCUUAUUUAUUGGAGUUUGUUGUCCAUUGCUAUCUUAAAAAUAAUAAAGUAAAAGUAGAUGGCUACUGAGAGCUUUAUUUUAUAUACUUUUCACUCUGGAAAGUUGGACUAUGUAUAAUAUGCCCACUUAAGAUAUUUUAUUUCGUUCUUGUGAGCUGCUAUUGUAAUAUUUUUGAGACCAGUGGGAGACCUUUUUUUAGAAGGGUCGGGGAAUGCAUUUAUUAAUUAAUUUUAUAUAGAAAACAGUGGAAAGUCUCAAGUUAUAUGAGGGAAUGGAUAAUUAUAAUACACUGUUAACUCAUGGCAAACUGUAAGAUAAUAAAAUGUGAUUUGGUAAAGUGAUUGAUCUUACUACUUUAACUUCUGUGUAUAAAUCAUUUUAUUCAGAGUAAAUAUUAGGUGCCUAUAGGGAUGCGGGUGGCGCUGUGGGUUAAACCACAGAGCCUAGGACUUGCUGAUCAGAAGGUCAGUGGUUCGAAAGCACGUCAAAGUUCAAGUAGAUAAAUAGGUACCGCUCUGGCGGGAAGGUAAACGGCGUUUCCGUGCGCUGCUCUGGUUCGCCAGAAGCGGCUUAGUCAUGCUGGCCACAUGACCCGGAAGCUGUACGUCAGCUCCCUCGGCCAAUAAAGCGAGAUGAGUGCCACAACCCCAGAGUCAGCCACGACUGGACGUAAUGGUCAGGGGUCCCUUUACCUUUACCUUUAGGUGUGCCAAAAACAGAUAGUAUCAGAAAUUGAAAAAAUGAGAGGUAUUGCAUCACUAGAUUCCACAAUCAGUUUCUGGGCUGGGUGUUCCUCCUCCUGAGCAGCUGAUAGACCUGGUCCGUGUUGACACAUACAAGGGCCACAUCUGCACCAAACAUUUAGAGCACCAUUAUACAACUUUGAGUCAUGGAUUCCACCAAAGAAUCCUGGGAACAGUGGUUUGUUAAGGGUGUUGAGAGUUGUUAAGAGACCCCUAUUCCCCUCACAGAGCUACAAUUUCCAGAGUGGUUUAGAAAUAAAUCCCUCUUUCCAGGAAACUCUGGUAAUUGUAAUUCUGUGAGGAAAUAGGGGUCUCCUGAGAACCCACAGCACUAUGAUGGAGGAGGUGUUGCCAGAAUUCUCUUGGGUGAUAAUUUGACUUGAUAUCCCAACCAACAGACCAAUUUUCUGUUCCAUUUAUACAGAGGCUGUGUGUUUGUGUCUUUAAGUACAUUUAAUCUGUUUUCUGUUCAUAGUUCAGUGCAUUCUUGUUGAAGUGAGGAUACAUACAUGCAUGUACAGCAGAUUAAGAGCAUAGCAGAGGGUGUGAAUCCAUUUCAUUGUGGCUGAGGUGAUGAAAAAAAUGAAAGCAUUCACUCUGUGAAGGCUCAUUCAUAUGUGAAUGUAAUUCUGAUGUGUUGCAUCUUGAAGCUAAGGAGGUAUUUCACUGUGGCUGCAAAAGAGGCGCACCACAACAUGGCUGCUUGGUGUGGAAUGUGCUUUGGGGGUCAUCUGUAAGUUAUUGAUUUCAUCAGUUCAGGCUUUUAUUUGCCAGCCUCUGACACAGACGCUGAUUUCUAAACUUUUAACUAUACAUUUGGCAAUAGUAAGCCACAGAGGAAUGUAAAUCAGUCUGAAAACACAACAGUCAGCAGUCCUUUCCCCCAGUAAGUAUGAGAAACAUGAAGAAAACUAAGCUAACAAGGAGAAAGGGGAAGGAGUUAAGUAUGCCAGAUGUCACUGUCUGCUGGAGAAACUGAUGUCACCCUCAUCUGGGGGCAACCUCCAUAGCUGUCUACUGCAUCCAGCAAAAUGUAAAAUGUCCAUGUGACAGUCAAUCUGCAGUUUAAAAUCUUGUAACUGAGUAUUUAGGGAGUAGCAACAAGCAGGAAUCCUCCAAGCCCACCACAAAAUACUUGUCUUUGACUUUUGCAAUGGAAAUUGGCUGAGAUUUGUAUACAGCUGUGGAGAGAGGCAGGGAAGACAAGUACUGGCAAUGGAAGUGAAAGGCUGUCCAUUUUCUGUAUUAAUUUAAUGACAUAAAGAAGCAUUCUGUAUUUAAAGGAUAUAUAAUUACAAUUGUAUAUUCCAAUCCUCCCAUAUCUGUCUGUUGAUAGCAUUUGCCCAAUUCAUGGCUCAGCGUUCUUAAAAUAACAAACAGCCUUGUUCGACAAGCCCAUUCCUACAGUUGUAUAUCUGAAAUAUACUCGGAGUCCUGUAGUGAUUUCAUGCUCUUUAUUGCAGCUUGUAAACCCCCCAAACCUCAGGCUUUUAUAUAUAUUAUUUAUACAAUGAGUCCCGUCUGAUUGGCUGAUGCAGCUUCCCUCCUGGAGCCUGAUUGGUCUUUUCCUGCAGGCCAAUCAGUUGUUGCAUUCUACGAUCCUACCAGCCUAAUAGGCUGAUUAACUUCCUCCUGGAGCCUGAUUGGUCUUUUCCUGCAAGCCAAUCAGUUGUUGCAUUCUAGGAUCCUACUUGCCUAUUGUUCUAGCAUCCAAACUUAGUACAUAACACCCCUCCCCUCUAAGUUCCCAUUGCACCCAGAAGGUGAGCAUUCAUAGUUGUUGAGGUAUCCCAGUUGCCUACGUAUGUGUUGUGGUCUCGGGUGUCUCUCGGUAGAGGUUCCUGGUUCUGGCUCUUGUUCCGGGGGUGCCAGCUGUGACGGGGCCAUUGGGUUGGGCGCCGCUGGUCCACUCGGUCGUGGUUCUGGUUCCUGUGGCUGCUCGGACUUCCCAGUUCUGCCUCCCUUACCUGCUCCUCCUGCUCUAUGGGCCUCACCCUUCUGCUAUCCCCUUGGGAUUCCUCUGUCCAGCCCUCUUCGCAGUUUCCCCCUGGGAGUCGUUGCCAUAGUUGAUUGCAGUGGCGGCGCCAGGCUUGGCCCCCCCUCCGUUAGCACCUCAUAUGACACGGGGCCAGUUGCCCUGGUGACUGUGGCGGGUACCCAUGCCAGGCCUGCCCUGAAGUUCUUUGCGUACACUGGGGCGUGGGGCUGGAAGGUCCGGGGGUUCCUACCUUCCCCCACUGCUGCCUCAUCAUGGGCCCUGUUGGGGUGAAGGUGGCCCAGUCUUGUUGUGAGACGCCGGCCCAUGAGUAGUUCCACUGGGCUCCAGCUGGUUGUUGUGCUGGGGGUGCUAUGCUGGGCUGGGAGAAAUGCAGCGAGGCGGUACUCCCAGUCUCCUUGCAUCAUGCGGCGGAGGGCACAUGACAAUAUCUUUAAGAAAUUUAGGACCUUUGGUAAGUUUGUUAUCAUUAAUCUCUGCAUCAGAGAACUCAAUGCCAUUUCUUUCAACUAGCAACUGAGGUGUUGAUGAAGAAGCUCAACAUAAACAUGGGCCAGGAAUCCUUUCAAUUUAAAAACAACACUUUAGAUUGCUUCCAUGGGGACAGAAUGCAGGAGGCGAUAUCAGCCCUGAGUUCCUGCUGCAGGAGGGCACUGCAAGACUCAUAGCUGACUGCUGAGACUUUUGCCCUAGUUCAGGCAAUCACAUGGCAUUUUGAGGGAGAGAACCUUUGCAGGUGGGGGGGGGACUUAAAUAUUCUCAGACUGACUUGCCUUCCAAAGCAAUGCAUGUUUGCACAAUUAUGUUGCUACCUGUUAAAGGUAUUUGAUGUAGUCCAGCUGCAGUUAAACACUGUGAAGCUGAGUUGAUUUCAGUGGGGAAAAUUACAAUGGACAAUUACAUCACUGCCACUGUUGGUGUGUGUGUGAGUGUGUGUGCAUAUGAGUUUGUUUGCUUGUUUUUGCUAGGUGCUACUGUAAUGCAAAAAGCUUUAAAAAUUGUGUAUAUGAUGCAUACAUGAUUUGAAUGUAUGCAUAACUGUUAUUGCAUUAAGCAAGGUCAUCUUUCUCCACCAACAAAUAUUAGGGUGCUUUCUGCAACAGAUUUUCUUUGUCCCACAUAUUUUCUGUGAAUUUUGUGCUAUAAAUCUGAAACAUCAAUAUGGAUCUGAAGAAUUAAAACAUCAGAUGAAAUACACACAAUAACAAUACAGUAAUAUAGCAGCAAGCAUUAAUAUACAACUGAAAUGUCUCAUCAGCUCUCCACAAAAGCCUGGGCAAAGGUAGCACACACCCCCCCCAAAAAAAAAACCCCAGCCAAAUAAUGUCAGCACCAGCAAUAUCUCAGGGACAAGGGAAUUCCACAACUCCAAAAAAAAGACUAUAUUCUCUGUCAUCAUACUGUAGGUUUUCCCUGGCAGUGGGAUGGCAAGAAAGACUCUCUUGCAGAUCUCAAUGCAUGGGCAGGCUGAUAUGGCAAGUGUUGCUCUUUCAGAUAACUGGGUCCCCAGUUAUUUAAGGCUUGGUAGCACAUACAACACCAACAGUUUGGCCAAACAAAUGUUCAGUGGAUUUUAUAAUGCAAAUCAGACCAAUCUUUAUUUAGUUAUGUUACUGAUAUAUUCCUUUACCUUUCAGAAAGUCUUAUAGGGAAGCUUAGAAAAAUAUAUUAAAACACUAAAAAUAUCAGUGACAAUAAAAUCAGCAAUGAAUCUUCGCAGCAAAAAGGAUUUAUAAAAGCAAGUCAGCAUCUACAGAUUUUCAUUUUAAAAGAUGAAUGAAUCAGCCAACCCAAAGCACCUAGCAGAUUAACCUCAAAGAUCUUUCCCACUGCAAAAACUCCUCCCAAAUUUGGAAAAGACUGCCAGCUGCAGAUGCAUCUGUCAUCAUUCAUAUGACACAAAACGCAGCAUCUACCCCCUGGUCUGUUGCUACACUCUGAGCUACACUCAGUGGCGGAGAACACGCUUCACAUGUAGAAAUUCCCAGGUCCCAUCCCUGCCAUCUUCAGGGAGGGCUUAGGAAAAGACUCCUGAGAGCAACUGUCAGUUGGAAUCAACAGUGCUAAGCAUGAUAGACCAAAGGCAGCUGGCUUCCUGUGUUCCUAUCUGUGGCAGAAAUGCAACCUGGUUGGCCAUAGCCAUCUGUUGGGACCAGUACCGGAUUUUGCAUUAUGUUUCUUGACACAGCUGCAAAUGUGUUUCAGGGCCUCUCGCUUUUCUUGGUAUGGUACUCCAUUGCUAUCCACCUGGGACUUCUGGGAAAUUACAAGGCAACUUUGGUUUGGCACACACACACACACACACUAAACUUGCUCUUAACUCCAUGUACCAAUCAGAUCAAGAACCUCAUUUGGUAUCCAUCUCAUACUAAUAGAUCAUUUAGAAAAAUAAGGAGAGGAAGAUAAAGUCCCGC